AUGACAUCGUUAUCUAGCCAGGUGCUCAUUGAGUUUGUCUCUAACCAGAAUGGAAGUGGAAGAGGUUUUAAUAUCACCUAUAAGUCAGGUAAUUCUACAAUUACUAUUUACAAGGUCUUAUCCAUCAAAUACAUUACACAAACGGUUAUCACAAUCUGUGAAAAUCAUAUUCCUUAACUACAAGUCACGGUGAACUAAGUUUCAUGGGGUUGUAAUUUUAAGUAUAUAAUUAAAUUAUGUUAUAUACAAGACAUCUAUUAAGUAUAAGUUUAAUUUUAUAUGUUAUAUUUGGUUCUAAAUGUCAUGAAAACUAUAUAGACUAGAAAAUAUCAACAGUGUAAAGUCAUAUUUAACUCUUCUUGAAGAUUUAUUGAGGGCUCUAUAUCCAGCUUAUUGUGAAUGAACUGACACAAAUAAAAAUAGAACUAGAUUAGAGAAGGCCUUAUUCUGUGUAGAACUGUGACAAUUGUAAAGGGUAAAAGUUCAGUUAAAAUGGACAGAAAAAGCACAAAAUCCAGGAGUAAAGUUCUAAAAUGAUAGAAAAAUAGGCAAAAUGUGUCUUCUACCACCUUCAUUUCCCCACAAUCCAAAUAUAUCAUGCAAGUUUUAUCCUUGAUAUUAUUCUUGUUAAAGAGCUGACUUUUUAGGGGAAAUUAAUGAAUGCUCUAUAUUAUUUCAUGCACACUAUAGAUCAAAAAUAUGUAAUAUACAAUUCAUUCUCUUUAGCAUUAAUAAUAUGCCAACUGUCCAUGUAAAUAGCUUUCUGCUGACAUAAUCCUACAUGUGUAAUAAUUACACCCACUCCUAUUUUAUUAAUUAAAGGUCUAAUUUAUUUUAAAGGUUAUUACUUUAACUUUGUAUAUUUAAUUUUAAUUGACAUUAGCCAUUUUCUUCUUUUCUAAAAUCAGUAAAAAUAUUUAAAACAUACAGAAACUAUACUCUACUUUACUAAAAUCAAUCCAUCCCUUACAGUACAAUGUGGAGGUGAGUUUUAUGCUCCUGCAAAGAACUUCACCUCUCCUGGAUACUCGAAUGGCUACCCUCCAAAUUUGAACUGUACAUGGAUAAUUUCUGCUCCUCCUCAGUACAAGGUAUGAUGUUCUUCAUGGGAGAAAUAAGCAAUUGCUCUACAGGGAAAUACUGUGGACUCUCCAGAACAAUCUCUGCUGCUGAAAACAAUGUUGUAAAAUGAAAUUCAACAUGCGGUCUGAUAUAAAAACACUCAAACUCUGCCAAUUUGGCUACAAUUUUGUAAUUUACUAUCAUCACUUAUGUUUUAUAUAGUGAAAACAUCCAGUGGACUUUUUGAAUUCUCCUAUAGUUGCUCUUGUUUGAUAAAGCUUGAUUGUCAGGAUUUAAAAGGCAGAUGGAAAAGUACAAUUUGAGGAAUUAACUUAAUUAGCUAUUCGAUGUGCAGCCGUGACUCUCUGUCAAUUUAUAAUGGACCAGAUGCUGACUCUCCACUGAUUAAAGAAUUUUGUGGUAUUCGAUAUCCCCGUUCUAUUACUUCAAGUGGAAAUUCAAUGUUUCUACAAUUUCUUACUGAUUUCUCCAUCCAAUAUAAAGGAUUCAAAGCUUCAUACAAAUGUGGUGAGUAUUGCAAUGUCCCUCACAUAAUAACUGACUUGAACCAAUUUACCAAGUCAUUAAGUCUAAAGUAGUUGCCUUCACUCAUAUUAGGACAAGCUUCCCCACAUAACAUUUUUUAAUAAUUACUUUUCAAUUGUUGUAAUAUUAUUGGUUUACAAUACAGUGUGAAAUUAACAAAAUGAACAAAAGCUGUAAUCGAUAUGACCCAUUUUGUCCCUUACAUAUUUUUGUGUUUUCCAUUGCAGUGCCAAAGUAAGAGUGAGGAAUUGGAACAGAAGACAUUGUUACGGAUAAAAUGAAGCAGAAAGUGCCUUAUAUAUCCUUUGCAUGAUAAAUUGUUUUUAUAUUUUUAUGAACUGAAUGAGACUUUAUUUGUUUGUUUUCUGUAGCAUGUAUCAAAUAUUCUUUAAUUUUCAUAAUAAAACAAAAAACUGUAAAAAUUCUGUAAAAUGAAAAAAUAAACUUGUCAGUAUUUAAUAAACUUUGGAUCUUUAUUUCCUGCAAUAAGUGUAGUUUCUAGACACAAAACACACACAAAACUAACAUGAAUUGUUAUCAAAAUAAUUGUAAUGUGAAUGUAAGGAACUAUGAGAAUAAUUUAAAUCAUAAUCUUAAAUGUCUUAAUUAUAUGCUUUCCCAAAUCACAAGACAGUAUUUACAGUAACACACACAAGGGAGAAAACUCAAUAUUUCUGAGUAAUUCUCCUGCCUGGGGUUAUGGAGUUUUAAAUGCACAUGAGCACAGGACUCAAUUAACAGGUUUGACAGGCGAGUUUACAUACUAUUGUUAUAUAGUGAAACUAUAGUCCUCUGUGAAGCAUUAAUUAGUGGCUAGGAUAGCAUAGAGGUGAGGACUGGCCUGUCUGUUUUAGGACAUUAUCAAAUCACAUAAUCACAUACCUGCAGAUGAAAUAAAGAUCAUACCUUUAUUGUUACAUAUGUGUUUUAAGAGUAUUGAUCACUAUAUCCUAAACUUUCACCUGCCAUAAUAUCUGAUACUAAAUCUCCAUUUGCUAACACUAAAUCUAGUAUGGCCUCGCUACGAGUUGGCUCCUACAUAUGUAUAUAUAUAUAUAUAUGUGUGUAUAUAUAUAUAUAUAUAUAUAUACUUGUGUUGGGGACAGGUAGCUGUAUAAGGAGUAAAGAUCCAGUAUAAGCGUUGGAUAGUAUAAAAGAACAAGUUGGUUGUGGUGUGCCAGAACCGACAAUACGGUAGGCCUGUAAAUAAAGAGGGCAAAAGUGAAUAAUUAAAGAUUUAUUACAGUCAACAAAUAUAUACAAUUAACCAGACAUUUCCUUAUAUGCAUUUCGUAUCUCUUGUUUGGGUAUGUACCGUGUAUACGCAGAUGAUUUCCACUGCCCCAGUGAUUUGAUAAUGUUCACCGGUACGUUGGCACUGGAGGCUGUUGAGGCUGCCCCUAUGUGGAAGGAGUGACCUGAGUAGUUAAAAGGGUUGCGGCCUAGUUGGGUUAAGAGAGACAUGACAUAUUUCAUGAAGGUAAAGGUAGUAAGCACUGAGCCCUGUAAUACAAAUAAUGGCUGUGAUGGUUGUGAGUUGGAGUUUUGAAGGUAGGAGUCUAGGACCGUAACCGGGCACCAUUUGUUGUGGGUAGGAUAGUAUGAUAUCUCUACUGGUGGUGCGUGUUGACUCGUUUUAGAAUGUGGUAGAGCCAAUAGGUAGUGAUCCAUGUGUUUACGUAGGUGGGACUGUUGAAGACAAUGAGUUGUCUGAGUUGUAGUGAUAGUAGUAAACUCUCUUGGCCUUAGAAAACCGUAGAAAGCUAUAUACAUGGCUGUUUUAAUUACUGCGUUGGUGUUGGAAUCGAAUGGCUUUAAAUCUAAUAGGUAAGAUAAGGAUUUGAAAAAGUGAUUGUCUAUGGGUAGUCUCUGUGAUGUACGUGGGGGAACUGUUUUCUGAAUACCAAUAGAAAGAAAUAAGUCCUGCGCUCAAACUCCCAUUACUCCUGAGCGGCAGCAAUGACCAUAGUACACAUCAGCCAAAAUACAUAUAGUAAAAACCAAAGAAAAAAAAAGUUACCUGCGCUCUUUCCACAUCCCUAUGUAUUUUUAAACAAAUGGAGGUUUUUAGUUACCUCCAAUGGCCAUGAAAGGGUAUGCCCACCUGCCAUGUCAAGGCAGACCUCUUAGGUGGGUCAUAACUCUAACCAUUCACCUUGCUUCCUUGAGCUUCUGGCAAAAAUAUAUCUAAUGAGACAGAAUUGGGUAUUUUUUAUAUACAUCCCUACGUGCUUAUUAACCCUUAAUAGGGAACACAUUGUUUUCUAAAUAUGUUCUUUAUUUGGUAUGAUGACAUGAAGCUCUGGUUGUUUGGCCAUAAGGUUAGCAUGUGGUGUUGAAUGCCUGUCAGAUAUAAUUUUAUGGUGUUAUGAGAUCAUUUCAGUUUAAGAUGGCAAAAAGAAGCGAAGCCUAGGAGAGAUGUCAUGACAAAAGUUUGAGAUAUGCCGUAUUCCAACAGGAAUCUUUUAAACAAGGUGUAGGCUCUGUUAUAUGUCCUACGAGUAUUGGACGAAAGUGCUAAUAGGGACAGUUCCCUGCUAUGUUGCAUGAGUAUGUCUAAUCCAUGAUUUGGUGCUGGAACGAUGCAGUGGCUUUGGCUGCUUGAGCGGCUGUAGGCAGCGCUUGAUGAAACGCCUGGAAUUUAAAUCGAGACAAAUUGUCAGCAGCGAUGUUAUAAACACCAGGUACAUGAAAGCAAACUAAAAAGAAAUUGUGACAUGCGGCCAACCAAGUGAGUUUCCUUAGAAAUCUCAUGAUUGUUAAAGAUGGUGAGCGGCCCUUGUUGAUGAUAUGGCACGUGGCUUGGUUGUCUGAGUAAAAACGCACUGCCAACCCUGACCAUAAAUGACCCAUGCCACAAGAGCCGCCACAAUGGGGUAGAUCUCAAAAAGAGCUAAGGUAGUGGAAAAGCCUUCCAGAUCCUAGACUUCAACAGGCCAACUACCCCAAAGCCAUUCGUUCCCGUAGAUUGCUGCAAAACCCGUGGUAGACGCUGCGUCUGACCAUAUAGUUGGUGAUGUCUCAGACAAUCCUGGGAGGAACAUGCUUAUACCAUUCCAUGUGGUUAAGAACUUCUUCCACAUGAGUAGGUAUGCUGUGGCUAAAGGGCAGCCUAUGAUCAUCAUGUCAGAAAUGUGGGAAAAGGCAAAUAUAUCACCAGGUAAUGAGCACAAUGCUAAUCCAUGUCACAAAUACAUGAUCUCUGCAAGAGUAAAAUAUCGUAACUCACUCAUUAAUACUAAAGUCAUAACACCUUAUUAGAAACGUUAAGCAGUAAUUGAUUUCCAUCUGUUCUCUCAUAGAAAAUAUUGGUAAUUUUAAAAAGGUAGACACGAAUAACCAGAAUAUGGAAUAUGACUACUACUCUGUGAUGCAUUAUCCCACGUAAGUACCAUACUGUCUCUCUGAAGUACAUUGCUAAAUACAAUACCAAAUGUCCUGUAUGUCCAUGUGUAGAAUGUACCAGUGACUCCUUAUCUGUUCUACAUAGAUUUUCAAUGCUGAAUGUAAUUAAAUGAAAACUCCAAGCAUCAUAACCACUACAGUACACUGUAAUGGUUAUAAUGCCAGAAGUUCCCUGGAGUCCCCACCCUAAUUUAAGUAGGUAAAUAAUUUGCUAAUGGUUUGACAUAUUACCUGGGAGCCACCAAGUGUCUCUUCUCUAGUGAUAUUGAGAGCUGGAAGCUCCUGCUAGGCAUUUCUAUAAGUUCUCCUGCACUAAGUCAUGCACUACUGAGAGGCAGAGAGCAGAAACCCCAGGUAAAACAGGUGCAAGGGUAUUCCUGGCUCCAUAACAAUUACAGUGUUCUUAGAGUGUUCCUUUAAUACAUUUCACAAACAGUUUCUGCUCGUUGACAGUUGGUUGUCUUCCUUCUUUGUAGCUAUGCAUUCAGUAACACAUCAGGAAAAAACACAAUCAUCCCUAAGCCUGAUCCUUCCAAACCCUUCGGACAGAGAGAUGGACUCGGUAGCCUGGAUGUUUCGAAAAUCAAUGUUCUUUACCAGUGUGGUGAGUUGGUUGUUAAUGAUGUGAUUCCUUUAUGUAUUAUCAUUGGGUUAUAGAACAGAUCACUGUGCCAACUGCACAAAUAAGGGCCAAUGUCUCCAGCAGACAGAAACAGAAUAAUUCAAACUAAUAAUAGAUAGGGUGCAACUUGUCAGAGAAUAUCUGUUUCUUUCAGAUGAAAUAUAAAGAAGGUAAUAAUUAGGGGAAGUGAUAUGAUUAGUGUAGAGGACAGAGAUCUUAAGAAAUGGUUUACAUGUGUGGGAUAGUUUUAGGAGAUGGGAGAUACAACAUAAGAAGGAACAGAUAUAAUAAUAUGGUAUAAAAUAGCUCUAUAAUCAGAUUUCCAUGUUUCUUCCAUGAUCUUACUUUUUCUGUUUUACCUGCAGAUGUCUGCUCAAUGCUGCUUAGUAAUGUCAAUGGUACAGUGACCUCAGCCAAUUACCCAAAUAGUUACCCCAAUAACAGCAACUGUGUUUGGCUGAUCAGAGUUCCAUCUGGACAGGUAAUAAACUAUUGCAUUACCAGGUACCUUGCAGUAAAGUCCGAGGGGGGUGAAUUCUUAUUUAGCCUUUACGGAUAAAGUCAGGGACUAUGGAAUUGUAUUAAAGUACAUUUCAUUCCAUUGUAAUAUAUUGUUGGCUCCCCCUUACUGGUAUACAGCCACACUGCCUUGUUUGCUAUUAUUUUUGAUUACAUUCCAGGAUCAGUAAACUAAUUUUACCUCACAAUAUUACAAAAAUAUUAUUUUUAUUUUUUCUUUAUUAUUAUUUGCAGAUUGUUCUGAAAUUAGAUUUUCUUGAUGUUGAAUUCUCUAUUGGCUGCUCUGCAGACUAUAUUAGAAUUUAUGAUGGACCCAGUAAGACGUCUCCUGUGCUAUUAGACAAGACAUGUGGUAUGCCACUGAUCCUUCCAAUGACAUCGUUAUCUAGCCAGGUGCUCAUUGAGUUUGUCUCUAACCAGAAUGGAAGUGGAAAUGUGGUGGAAUCUCGGUAAAAAUAAAUUUAGUAGGCCGAGAUUACCACAUGGCAUGUGUACGUGCAUAUGCUGACGUAUCGAUCAGUUGGUUGCACGAGGCAAGAUACGAUCAGUAGUGUACGGAGCAUGUGCAAGAAUACAGGAUGUAGUAUUCCCCUCCUCCAUUGUGCUGGACAAGCCAUGCGGUCAAGCAGGAAGUUAAUUCUUAUUUGUAAUGAUUGGUCAAGAGAAUGUGCGGGUGGAGCUUAAUAUGGGAGGAGUUAUGUGCCUAUAUAGGGAGCCUGCACUAUUGUUCAGGGCUCAGAACUUGCUGUAUUUUUGGUGACAUUAGUCCCUCUGAGUCCCGAUCGGUGAUCCAAUAAAGAAUCUCUUCCUUCCUGAAGAAACCUGUGUCCAUCCCUCUGUGCUUUGCUUCCGUCAGUUUCUCCGGUAUCAUUUGGUGCAUUGGCCGGGAAGCUCAUCGUUCAACGGUAGCUGAGAGGCAGAGGCGUGAGACGGUCUAUCUUUGCCCACGUUCUCUACGGCUGCACCCCUGAACUUCUGCGUGGACCUCCCUUCGUCUCGGCGCCACUGGUCUGUUGUCCAGGAGAUCAUCGGCCUCUACGUAAGAAGUGCUGGGGUGUCCCCGUCGAUGAGUGUGAACUCAGGUUCAGGAACGAGGAGGUAAGACAACUGCUGUUUUAGACGGCAGACCCACUAGGGGUAUACCGAUUGUGCGGUAGGCCCAAAAGGGGUUUAAAUCUGUGUAUGGAAUCUGCCCCCUCUGUCGGAGGGAAGGAGCGAAGGCGCACCGCUCGAUCGAACGCUCUUUAGUAAGACCGUUUGAUCUGGUUAGUCAGGCGGGGUCCUGUGUAAAUAGCCCUAGCCGGACACCGGUGUCUUGUCUAGACUAGCGUUCUAGGGUGUAUAUUACGUUCGCUAGGUCGGAGGGACCGGGAGACUAAGCGGCGCCUGUGUAAAUUCGGUUCGCUAGCUCUCAACCUAUCUUGGCUAAGUGGGAAGGCGUGUAAAUUUGGAACCCACUAGACUUUUGAUAGAGUAAAUAGACUAGAAGGGCAAUUUUGUAAAUUCUGCCCUCUAGUUCGCUAUAUGUGGUGCUUGGGCAGUGUGGCUAACCAAAACGGGUGUAUAUAGUUUUAGGUAGUCCAUUCAAGGUACUGGCCAAUAGUUUAGUUGGGAUUGUAAAUGUGUUAAAGAUUGUUAGUAAAGUGUAUAUCUUGUUAGAUAGCGCGAGCUCAGCCGUCUAGCGAGAGUGUUAAUAGUGUGUUGCUGUAUCAUAGUGCACGGUACCAUAACCCUGUAUAUUUACUGACACUGUAUAUAAGUACUAAUCAUUGUCGUCUAUUGCAUGUUUAACACCAUAACCACUAAUAAUUGUAUUGUGACCUUAAAUUGUGCUUUGACCUAUGCUAACCGUACUGUAACCGAUACUAGUAAAAGACGAUGUUACUGGGGUGUGUUAUAGACGGGUAAUUCAUAUAUAGAGAAUUAUAGCGUGGGUGACUGUAUAGUUUCGCCAAAGGGCAUAAUAUUGAUUAUUUAGCGACUGGUGUAACAGCUGUGUGUGUACGGGAAUUCCCUGAGUGAUUAUUGUGUUAUUGUGUACGUUUCACUUGGUAACUGUACCACGUGGUGCUGUUGCCAGAGGAAACGGGUGUGACUGUUGAAUAAGAACGCGUGCAUAGUAUUCGUUGUCAACGACGUUCCAUUGAUAAGUAUGGGCGCGUCAGAGUCAGCGAUUUCGGAUCCCUUAGGUUGUAUGGUAAAGAAUUUUAAAAAGGGAUUCAAAAUAUGUGAUUUUGGGGUUAAAAUGUCUCCUGUUCGUUUGGUCACUUUGUGCACUAGGGAGUGGCCUACUUUGGUUGCGGCAUGGCCGCCGCGUGGCAGUUUGGAUCCAACCCUGGUACAGCGUGUACACGUGGCUGUGUCAGGUAGGCCUGAACUUUACGGACAGUUUCCAUACAUUGAUUGUUGGAGGCAGGCCGUAAACGACUCGCCAAAAUGGAUCCGGAUAUGCCACGAGGAGCAAUGUCGCCUCAUGGUGGCCAGGACUUAUUUGUCCACUAGGACCGGUGUUAGGCCCAUUUUGGACACGCCCCCUGAGUCCGAGAUCCCUUUGCCGCCCCCUUACUUCCCUUUAAGAGGAAGUGACGCGAAUGCAGGAAGUUCUGCACCCCUUCCCCUAUUGCCCCCAUCCACUUCCGCUUCCUCCUCCAGUACAGAAUCCACCCCCCCUCGUAUUAAAACUCCCCUUCCUGAACCAGGACCAACCCCCAUUAGAUCUGAAUAUCCUGAUUUGGCGCCACUUCAAACUUCCGGUCAAGCUUCUUCUAGCUCGGCUCAGAGUAUACUAUUCACUAAUUUUUCACAAAAUCAAGUUCCCACAUCCUCAUGCCCUAUUACCUCUCGACCGGAACCUUUAACUGACGCCCCUCCACGUAGCCCCAUACUAACCCGACAACUGACCGGUACCCAACAAUUAAAACAUUAUCAGAUGCCUCUUCGUCUGAAUCCUGGGUCAGCCUAUAUCGAUGCCGCAGGUCAAAUGGCACAUGCUGACCCAGUCUUCGUAUAUGUCCCGUUCACGACUACCGAUCUCUUAAAUUGGAAGACCCACAAUUCCUCGUACACUGAGAAACCACAAGCUAUGACCGAUCUGUUCACCUCGAUAGUUCAGACACAUAACCCGACAUGGGCUGAUUGCCAGCAGUUAUUAAUGACAUUGUUCAAUAAUGAGGAAAGGACAAGGAUUAACCAAGCGGCCAUUAAGGCGCUAGAGGAGAGAGCCCGUGCUUUAAAUCAAGCCAAUCCGGCAGCAUGGGCCGCAACACAUUACCCUAACACCGAUCCUGACUGGAAUGUAAAUGGCGCAGAUAUGGCUCAACUUAAAGCCUAUAGAGACGCUAUAAUUGCUGGCAUGAAAGCCGGAGGGAAGAAAGCUAUUAACAUGUCGAAGACAGUUGAGGUGAUUCAGAAAAGUGAUGAAGCGCCCAGUGUCUUUUAUGACCGAUUAUUGGAGGCAUACCGCUUGUAUACCCCCUUUAAUCCGGAAGACGCUGAUAAUUCCCGAAUGGUAAACUCCGCCUUUGUCAGCCAAGCUUACGGAGAUAUUAAGCGCAAGCUACAGAAAUUAGAAGGGUUUGCAGGUAUGUCUAUCACCCAACUAAUGGAGGUAGCGAACAAAGUAUAUAUGAAUAGGGAAACAGAAAGUAAGAAAGAGGAAGAGCGCAAGAUGCGUAGAAAGGCAGAUAUGCUAGCGGUAGCGAUCGCAGGCGUAGAUAGACGGGGCCCAGAUAGAGGCGAUGGUAGAUGGAAUAGGGAGCCUUUGAGUAGGAAUCAGUGCGCGUACUGCAAGGAAGAAGGGCAUUGGAGGAAUGAGUGUCCGCAAAGAGAGCAGUAUGAGAGAGACUUACCCAGGGCAGGUUAUGGAAACUUUAGAGGCAGAGCGAGAGGUAGAGGAGGCCCCGGAGGGAGUAAUGGUAAUAGAACAGAGGAAGUGUAAGGGAAGAUAGGUACUAUCCAGCAGCGCAAAGGUCCCGCGAUAGAGAAGGUAGGGACUUUGUGGGAUUGGCUGACACGGUCAUGGAGGACUAUUGAUACCGACCGGGCUCCAUCCCCCUUGGUCGAGCGGAGCCUAUGGUCGAUGUAUCAAUAGGGGGAAAAAGGAGUGCGUUCAUGAUCGACACUGGUGCUGAACAUUCGGUGGUGACUAAUCUAGUUGCUCCUCCAUCUGGAAGAACUAUUACUGUAAUAGGAGCAACUGGAAGAAGUGCUGAAAAACCGGUUCUUAAAAGUCGACUCUGUACAUUGGGAGGCCACGUAGUAAAACAUCAAUUCCUUUAUAUGCCUGAGUGUCCAGUCCAAUUGCUGGGGCGUGAUAUGCUAUCCAAAUUACAAGCGCAGAUUACGUUCCUACCAAAUGGAACAACAUCCUUAAAGUUUAAUGGACCCUCAGGUAUUAUGACAUUGUCCGUACCAAAGGAAGAAGAGUGGCGACUUUAUACAGUGUUGACUAGCCAAAACCCGAGGAGUGAUGAAUCCUUAUUUAACAUACCAGGAGUUUGGGCAGAGAACAACCCACCAGGACUGGCCCGCAAUAUUCCACCUAUUAAAAUCGAACUAAAACUUGGGGUUUAUCCAGUAAGCCUGAGACAAUAUCAUAUUCCGCAGAAGGCUAAGAAGAACAUCCAAUCUUAUCUGGAUAAGUUCAUACGGUAUGGUAUCCUAAAAUUCUGUACUUCCCCCUGGAACACCCCAUUGCUGCCUGUUCAAAAGCCCGGUACAGAUGAGUAUCGACCUGUGCAGGACUUGAGAGCAGUCAAUGAUGCGGUUGUUAGUAUACAUCCAGUCGUGCCCAAUCCAUAUAACCUGCUUGCUUUAAUUCCGGGCGGGGCUACUUACUUUACAGUCUUAGAUCUCAAAGAUGCCUUCUUUUGCCUCCGAAUUGCCGCAGAAAGCCAAUGUAUCUUCGCUUUCCAAUGGGAAAAUGCUGUAACGGGCUCGAAACGCCAAAUGACCUGGACAAGAUUGCCCCAGGGGUUUAAAAAUUCACCUACCCUAUUUGGUUCAGCUCUAAGUCAAGAUCUACUAGAUUUCGAGUCUAUCCCAGGAGAGUGUGUAUUAUUACAAUAUGUAGAUGACUUGUUGAUAGCAGCAGUUACAAAGGAAGUAUGUCAGCAAGCAACGCACGAUCUACUACACAUUCUCUGGAAGGCAGGAUACAAGGUGUCAAGAAGGAAGGCUCAGUUGUGUUUGCCAACUGUCAAAUAUCUGGGAUUCCAUAUCUCUGAAGGUCAAAGAAUUAUGGGGCCAGAGAGAAAAGAAGCUGUGUGCCAAAUACCGAUACCCAGGAAUAGAAGACAAGUGCGAGAAUUCUUGGGGGCAGCAGGCUUCUGUAGGAUAUGGAUUCCCAGCUACGCGAUACUGGCAAAACCUCUGUAUGCAGCUAUCAAAGGUACAGAGCACGACCCCUUCUUAUGGACUCAAGAACAGCAAACGGCAUUCGAAGAUGUGAAGAGGGCUUUGAUGAGUGCCCCAGCAUUAGGUCUACCUGACCACACACGGCCAUUCUACCUGUAUGUACAUGAGCAAAGAAGAAUGGCUGUGGGAGUAUUGACACAGUACUUGGGAUCAUGGCAAAGACCUGUUGCCUACAUGUCUAAGCAACUGGAUGCAGUGGCCAGCGGACUUCCACCUUGUCUAAGAGCUGUAGCUGCAGCCGCCCUGCUAGUAGCUGAAGCCGAUAAACUCACUCUGGGUCAAGAACUUUAUGUACGAGUUCCACAUGCAGUACAGACGUUGUUGGAUUACAAAGGAAAUCAUUGGUUUAGUAACAGCCGUAUGACCAAGUAUCAAGCAAUGUUGUGUGAAAACCCAAGAGUGCAUUUAGAGACUGUAAAUACCUUAAAUCCAGCUACCCUUUUGCCACAACCUACUGAAAGUCAACAUGAUUGUUUGGAAGUAAUGGAUGAAGUAUUUUCAAGUAGACCAGAUCUUCGUGAUUUUCCCAUCCAGAACCCUGAUGUUCAAUAUUACACCGACGGCAGUAGUUAUGUAAAAGAAGGGAUCCGCUAUGCAGGAUAUGCAGUAACAACGAUAGACAAGGUGAUAGAAGCUCGGCCACUGGCAAAAGGAACAUCAGCACAAAAGGCAGAAUUGAUAGCACUGACACGAGCGUUACAAUUGGCUGAAGGUUUAAGAGUGAACAUCUACACGGACUCCAAGUAUGCGUUUUUAACCACUCAUGCCCACGGAGCUUUGUAUAAAGAAAGAGGACUAUUGAAUUCAGAAGGCAAAGAAAUCAAAUACGCAGCUGAGAUCCUACAACUAUUGGAAGCAGUGUGGGAGCCGAAAGAAGUCGGUAUUAUACAUUGUCGGGCGCAUCUGAGAGGAGAUGGUGAUGUAACCAAAGGGAAUCGGAUGGCAGAUAGUGCAGCUAAGCGUGCUGCUGAAUCAGGAAGACAGGAAUAUGUGGGGCAUAUAGCUGCUCUUAUACCAACUCCACUGUCUCAAUGGACUCCAAUUUAUACAGCUCAGGAAGAGGAGUGGUUAAGGACUGAACCUGGAAAGUAUUUGGAGAACAAAUGGUAUCAGUUAGAAGAUGGAAGAAUAGUUAUUCCAGCAUCACUAGCGGUAGAAAUUGUCCAAAACUAUCAUAACGGGACACAUUCUGGGAGAGACAGUACAGAAGAAUCUCUCAGAAAACAUUUCUACAUACCAAGAUUGUCCAACUUGACUCAGGCCAUUGUACGUAGAUGUGUAACGUGUGCUAAAAAUAAUGCAAGACAAGGACCAGUAAAGCCACCAGGAGUCCAGUUUAUGGGGGGACUUCCCAUGUCCGAUUUACAAAUUGACUAUACAGUGAUGCCUAAAUCGGGUGGACAUCGCUACCUGCUGGUAGUGGUGUGCACCUAUUCAGGCUGGGUAGAAGCAUGUCCUACUCGUACAGAGAAAGCAGGAGAAGUCGUGAGAUUCCUGCUACGAGAAAUAAUACCCGAUAUGGACUACCCUGCUCUAUAGGAUCGGACAAUGGUCCAGCUUUUGUUCAUCAGUGCCUACAACAAUUGACUCAUAUGCUUGGUAUAAAGUGGAGGCUUCAUACGGCAUAUAGACCCCAGAGUUCUGGUAAGGUAGAGAGAAUGAAUAGAACUAUUAAGAAUCAGUUGGCUAAAAUGUGUCAGGAAACCCAACUUAAGUGGAACGUUCUCUUGCCCAUAGCUCUAUUGCGAAUCCGUAGUACACCUACCAGAAGGAUGGGCCUCUCUCCUUUUGAAAUCAUGUACGGGCGACCACCUCCCGUGCUUGGUAACUUAAGGGGGGAUUUGAGUCAGUUGGGAGAAGGAAUUACCCGGCAGCAGGUUGUAGAGUUGGGUAAGACUAUGGAGGAGGUACAGAAAUGGGUACAAGAUAGAUUACCUGUGAAUAUUUAUCCCCCAAUUCAUAGUUACCACCCAGGCGACCAAGUGUGGAUUAAAGAGUGGAAUAAUGUGCCGUUAGGGCCCAAGUGGAGAGGUCCUUAUGUUGUUCUUCUGUCUACCCCUACAGCGAUAAAAGUAGCCGAAGUGGCUCCGUGGAUACAUCACUCCAGGGUUAAACCAGCAGCAGCCGAUUCCUGGCAAGUUACAGCAAAUCCAGAGAAUCCCUGCAAAAUCCGGUUAAAACGCACAACUCAGUCGGAGUGACGAGGAACCUUGUGGAUCACAAAUUUUAUUGUUUCAGAGACUUGGUAAGUGAGUGAGAAGGCCAUAAUAAAGCCUGUCCACUCACCAACGAGUGUAUAAGUCAGGGAAAGUCUUGAGGGGACCCCUGUGAAGACGAGCAGAACUCCAUUCCCUGCAGCCCUUACAUCCUGGAAGCUGAGGUGCCUUCGCACGGACGAAGACUGAGGAUGACGACGAAAGAUGUAUUUUUAAUAAUGUUUAUUUAUGUGUAUUUUUAUAUUCAGGAAGGUAGAGGUACCGACACUCCUAGCUGUGAGGUAUGCAUUAAGACUACAAGAACAGGUAACCAUAUAUCCCAGACCCUAAUUUGGCAUUCGCAAUAUGAGUGUAAAGGAGAUGUAUCAAGAUGUAGAUACUUAAAUAUAGAAUAUAGUGUGUGUCAUUUAGGAGUAGGAGAACCUAAGUGCUUCAGUCCUGAGUAUCAACCCCGUACAAUUUGGUUGACUCUCAGAAAUGGAGAUUCUCAGGGGACCCUAAUUAAUAAGACGGUAUUAAAAUCCGUAUAUUCUUCAGGUGCUCUGCUAUUUGAUGCGUGUAAAGCAAUAUCAAGUGGUAGAAAGCCGUGGAAUGUAUGUGGGGAUCUUAGAUGGGAGAGGACGUAUGGGUCUAACGAUAAAUAUAUUUGUCCCAGUAGUAAAAAUAGAUAUGUAAGUCCAAGAUGUCCAAAUAGAGAUUAUAACUUCUGCCCAUAUUGGUCUUGUGUGGGGUGGGCGACUUGGGGACAGACAGCAGACAAGGACAUGAUUGUGACUAAGUUGCCUACUAAUCCAUAUUGUAAGUCUAUGGAAUGCAAUCCAAUCCAUAUACUUAUAAAUAACCCUGACAAGUUCUUAGAUAAAUAUGGUAAUUUAUUUGGGUUUCAAAUAUAUGGGACGGGUUUAGACCCUGGGACAAUAUUGUUUAUAGGGAUAGAGACUGAUACGGUAACCUCCCAAACUCAUCAAGUAUACCAUUCCUUUUAUGAAGAGAUGAGCAUAGAUAAUAAGAUCCCCCAUAAUGCUAAAAACUUGUUCAUUGAUUUAGCCGAGAGUAUUGCCGGUAGUCUUAAUGUUACCAACUGCUAUGUGUGUGGAGGUACUAACAUGGGAGACCAAUGGCCUUGGGAAGCAAAGGAGGUAAUGUCCGGUUCUAAGGCAGUUGACCAAUUAAUAUCUAUACAAGCCGACUAUCAUAUGAGUGUUAGAGGUAAAUCUGAGUGGAGAUUGAAGACCUCCAUCAUAGGUUAUGUUUGCAUAGCGAGGAAAGGAAUGAUGUAUAAUACUUCUGUAGGAGAAUUAACUUGUCUAGGGCAAAAAGCUUAUGAUGAUGAUACAAAGAAUACAACUUGGUGGUCGGCUUCAAAUGUCUCAGAACCAUCUAACCCGUUUGCAAGAUAUGCCAAUUUAAAGGACGUAUGGUUUGAUCUAUCCAUCACAUCUAACUGGAGAGCCCCAGCGAAUUUGUACUGGAUCUGUGGUAAGAAGGCCUAUUCGGAGUUACCACAGGACUGGGAAGGGGCAUGUGUGUUGGGUAUGUUGAAACCAUCCUUCUUCUUGUUGCCUAUUGAAACAGGUGAGACUUUAGGUGUUAAAGUGUAUGAUGUGAAUCAUAGGAAGAAAAGGGGACCCAUAGAGAUAGGUGCCUGGGAAGAUAAUGAAUGGCCUCCCCAGCGUAUUAUAGAUUAUUAUGGGCCAGCCACGUGGGCAGAGGAUGGUACCUUUGGUUAUAGAACCCCUAUUUAUAUGCUCAACCGCAUUAUAAGGUUACAGGCGGUGGUUGAGAUCAUUACUAACGAGACAUCACAAGCGCUCAAUCUUCUAGCGAAGCAUAAUACCAGGAUGAGGACAGCAGUUUACCAAAAUAGAUUAGCCUUGGAUUAUCUUUUGGCAGUAGAGGGAGGUGUAUGUGGGAAGUUUAACCUGAGCAAUUGCUGUCUUCAAAUAGAUGACGAAGGGCAAGCAAUAGCUGAGCUUACUAGCCAUAUGGUUAAACUAGCGCAUGUGCCUACUCAGGUAUGGAAAGGGUACAAUCCAAGUAGUUGGUUUGGUAGCUGGUAUGAGUGGUUUGGAGGGCUUAAGGCAGUGGUAGGUGGAGUCCUACUGAUUUUAAUGUUGUGUCUACUCCUGCCGUGUCUUAUACCCUUAGUAGUUAGGUCUGUGCAAAGCCUGAUAGAAAAUAUAGCAGAGAGGAAGGCUGCUGCACAGAUAAUGGCAAUUUAUAAAUAUAAGGCUCUAGAUCAGGGAGAACCAAUGCAGGAAGACGAGUGUUGAAGAUUCACAUCAUAGGAUAAGUCUGGUCUGGUUCAAAGGUAACUUGUGGUGUAUGCAAACCAAGGUUAAGUGAUGCCUCAAGUAAUUGUAAAAUAUCAAGAGGCAUCAAAGGGAAUGUGGUGGAAUCUCGGUAAAAAUAAAUUUAGUAGGCCGAGAUUACCACGUGGCAUGUGUACGUGCAUAUGCUGACGUAUCGAUCAGUUGGUUGCACGAGGCAAGAUACGAUCAGUAGUGUACGGAGCAUGUGCAAGAAUACAGGAUGUAGUAUUCCCCUCCUCCAUUGUGCUGGACAAGCCAUGCGGUCAAGCAGGAAGUUAAUUCUUAUUUGUAAUGAUUGGUCAAGAGAAUGUGCGGGUGGAGCUUAAUAUGGGAGGAGUUAUGUGCCUAUAUAGGAAGCCUGCACUAUUGUUCAGGGCUCAGAACUUGCUGUAUUUUUUGGUGACAUUAGUCCCUCUGAGUCCCGAUCGGUGAUCCAAUAAAGAAUCUCUUCCUUCCUGAAGAAACCUGUGUCCAUCCCUCUGUGCUUUGCUUCCGUCAGUUUCUCCGGUAUCAGAAGAGGUUUUAAUAUCACCUAUAAGUCAGGUAAUUCUACAAUUACUAUUUACAAGGUCUUAUCCAUCAAAUACAUUACACAAACGGUUAUCACAAUCUGUGAAAAUCAUAUUCCUUAACUACAAGUCACGGUGAACUAAGUUUCAUGGGGUUGUAAUUUUAAGUAUAUAAUUAAAUUAUGUUAUAUACAAGACAUCUAUUAAGUAUAAGUUUAAUUUUAUAUGUUAUAUUUGGUUCUAAAUGUCAUGAAAACUAUAUAGACUAGAAAAUAUCAACAGUGUAAAGUCAUAUUUAACUCUUCUUGAAGAUUUAUUGAGGGCUCUAUAUCCAGCUUAUUGUGAAUGAACUGACACAAAUAAAAAUAGAACUAGAUUAGAGAAGGCCUUAUUCUGUGUAGAACUGUGACAAUUGUAAAGGGUAAAAGUUCAGUUAAAAUGGACAGAAAAAGCACAAAAUCCAGGAGUAAAGUUCUAAAAUGAUAGAAAAAUAGGCAAAAUGUGUCUUCUACCACCUUCAUUUCCCCACAAUCCAAAUAUAUCAUGCAAGUUUUAUCCUUGAUAUUAUUCUUGUUAAAGAGCUGACUUUUUAGGGGAAAUUAAUGAAUGCUCUAUAUUAUUUCAUGCACACUAUAGAUCAAAAAUAUGUAAUAUACAAUUCAUUCUCUUUAGCAUUAAUAAUAUGCCAACUGUCCAUGUAAAUAGCUUUCUGCUGACAUAAUCCUACAUGUGUAAUAAUUACACCCACUCCUAUUUUAUUAAUUAAAGGUCUAAUUUAUUUUAAAGGUUAUUACUUUAACUUUGUAUAUUUAAUUUUAAUUGACAUUAGCCAUUUUCUUCUUUUCUAAAAUCAGUAAAAAUAUUUAAAACAUACAGAAACUAUACUCUACUUUACUAAAAUCAAUCCAUCCCUUACAGUACAAUGUGGAGGUGAGUUUUAUGCUCCUGCAAAGAACUUCACCUCUCCUGGAUACUCGAAUGGCUACCCUCCAAAUUUGAACUGUACAUGGAUAAUUUCUGCUCCUCCUCAGUACAAGGUAUGAUGUUCUUCAUGGGAGAAAUAAGCAAUUGCUCUACAGGGAAAUACUGUGGACUCUCCAGAACAAUCUCUGCUGCUGAAAACAAUGUUGUAAAAUGAAAUUCAACAUGCGGUCUGAUAUAAAAACACUCAAACUCUGCCAAUUUGGCUACAAUUUUGUAAUUUACUAUCAUCACUUAUGUUUUAUAUAGUGAAAACAUCCAGUGGACUUUUUGAAUUCUCCUAUAGUUGCUCUUGUUUGAUAAAGCUUGAUUGUCAGGAUUUAAAAGGCAGAUGGAAAAGUACAAUUUGAGGAAUUAACUUAAUUAGCUAUUCGAUGUGCAGCCGUGACUCUCUGUCAAUUUAUAAUGGACCAGAUGCUGACUCUCCACUGAUUAAAGAAUUUUGUGGUAUUCGAUAUCCCCGUUCUAUUACUUCAAGUGGAAAUUCAAUGUUUCUACAAUUUCUUACUGAUUUCUCCAUCCAAUAUAAAGGAUUCAAAGCUUCAUACAAAUGUGGUGAGUAUUGCAAUGUCCCUCACAUAAUAACUGACUUGAACCAAUUUACCAAGUCAUUAAGUCUAAAGUAGUUGCCUUCACUCAUAUUAGGACAAGCUUCCCCACAUAACAUUUUUUAAUAAUUACUUUUCAAUUGUUGUAAUAUUAUUGGUUUACAAUACAGUGUGAAAUUAACAAAAUGAACAAAAGCUGUAAUCGAUAUGACCCAUUUUGUCCCUUACAUAUUUUUGUGUUUUCCAUUGCAGUGCCAAAGUAAGAGUGAGGAAUUGGAACAGAAGACAUUGUUACGGAUAAAAUGAAGCAGAAAGUGCCUUAUAUAUCCUUUGCAUGAUAAAUUGUUUUUAUAUUUUUAUGAACUGAAUGAGACUUUAUUUGUUUGUUUUCUGUAGCAUGUAUCAACUAUUCUUUAAUUUUCAUAAUAAAACAAAAAACUGUAAAAAUUCUGUAAAAUGAAAAAAUAAACUUGUCAGUAUUUAAUAAACUUUGGAUCUUUAUUUCCUGCAAUAAGUGUAGUUUCUAGACACAAAACACACACAAAACUAACAUGAAUUGUUAUCAAAAUAAUUGUAAUGUGAAUGUAAGGAACUAUGAGAAUAAUUUAAAUCAUAAUCUUAAAUGUCUUAAUUAUAUGCUUUCCCAAAUCACAAGACAGUAUUUACAGUAACACACACAAGGGAGAAAACUCAAUAUUUCUGAGUAAUUCUCCUGCCUGGGGUUAUGGAGUUUUAAAUGCACAUGAGCACAGGACUCAAUUAACAGGUUUGACAGGCGAGUUUACAUACUAUUGUUAUAUAGUGAAACUAUAGUCCUCUGUGAAGCAUUAAUUAGUGGCUAGGAUAGCAUAGAGGUGAGGACUGGCCUGUCUGUUUUAGGACAUUAUCAAAUCACAUAAUCACAUACCUGCAGAUGAAAUAAAGAUCAUACCUUUAUUGUUACAUAUGUGUUUUAAGAGUAUUGAUCACUAUAUCCUAAACUUUCACCUGCCAUAAUAUCUGAUACUAAAUCUCCAUUUGCUAACACUAAAUCUAGUAUGGCCUCGCUACGAGUUGGCUCCUACAUAUGUAUAUAUAUAUAUAUAUGUGUGUAUAUAUAUAUAUAUAUAUAUAUACUUGUGUUGGGGACAGGUAGCUGUAUAAGGAGUAAAGAUCCAGUAUAAGCGUUGGAUAGUAUAAAAGAACAAGUUGGUUGUGGUGUGCCAGAACCGACAAUACGGUAGGCCUGUAAAUAAAGAGGGCAAAAGUGAAUAAUUAAAGAUUUAUUACAGUCAACAAAUAUAUACAAUUAACCAGACAUUUCCUUAUAUGCAUUUCGUAUCUCUUGUUUGGGUAUGUACCGUGUAUACGCAGAUGAUUUCCACUGCCCCAGUGAUUUGAUAAUGUUCACCGGUACGUUGGCACUGGAGGCUGUUGAGGCUGCCCCUAUGUGGAAGGAGUGACCUGAGUAGUUAAAAGGGUUGCGGCCUAGUUGGGUUAAGAGAGACAUGACAUAUUUCAUGAAGGUAAAGGUAGUAAGCACUGAGCCCUGUAAUACAAAUAAUGGCUGUGAUGGUUGUGAGUUGGAGUUUUGAAGGUAGGAGUCUAGGACCGUAACCGGGCACCAUUUGUUGUGGGUAGGAUAGUAUGAUAUCUCUACUGGUGGUGCGUGUUGACUCGUUUUAGAAUGUGGUAGAGCCAAUAGGUAGUGAUCCAUGUGUUUACGUAGGUGGGACUGUUGAAGACAAUGAGUUGUCUGAGUUGUAGUGAUAGUAGUAAACUCUCUUGGCCUUAGAAAACCGUAGAAAGCUAUAUACAUGGCUGUUUUAAUUACUGCGUUGGUGUUGGAAUCGAAUGGCUUUAAAUCUAAUAGGUAAGAUAAGGAUUUGAAAAAGUGAUUGUCUAUGGGUAGUCUCUGUGAUGUACGUGGGGGAACUGUUUUCUGAAUACCAAUAGAAAGAAAUAAGUCCUGCGCUCAAACUCCCAUUACUCCUGAGCGGCAGCAAUGACCAUAGUACACAUCAGCCAAAAUACAUAUAGUAAAAACCAAAGAAAAAAAAAGUUACCUGCGCUCUUUCCACAUCCCUAUGUAUUUUUAAACAAAUGGAGGUUUUUAGUUACCUCCAAUGGCCAUGAAAGGGUAUGCCCACCUGCCAUGUCAAGACAGACCUCUUAGGUGGGUCAUAACUCUAACCAUUCACCUUGCUUCCUUGAGCUUCUGGCAAAAAUAUAUCUAAUGAGACAGAAUUGGGUAUUUUUUAUAUACAUCCCUACGUGCUUAUUAACCCUUAAUAGGGAACACAUUGUUUUCUAAAUAUGUUCUUUAUUUGGUAUGAUGACAUGAAGCUCUGGUUGUUUGGCCAUAAGGUUAGCAUGUGGUGUUGAAUGCCUGUCAGAUAUAAUUUUAUGGUGUUAUGAGAUCAUUUCAGUUUAAGAUGGCAAAAAGAAGCAAAGCCUAGGAGAGAUGUCAUGACAAAAGUUUGAAAUAUGCCGUAUUCCAACAGGAAUCUUUUAAACAAGGUGUAGGCUCUGUUAUAUGUCCUACGAGUAUUGGACGAAAGUGCUAAUAGGGACAGUUCCCUGCUAUGUUGCAUGAGUAUGUCUAAUCCAUGAUUUGGUGCUGGAACGAUACAGUGGCUUUGGCUGCUUGAGCGGCUGUAGGCAGCGCUUGAUGAAACGCCUGGAAUUUAAAUCAAGACAAAUUGUCAGCAGCGAUGUUAUAAACACCAGGUACAUGAAAGCAAACUAAAAAGAAAUUGUGACAUGCGGCCAACCAAGUGAGUUUCCUUAGAAAUCUCAUGAUUGUUAAAGAUGGUGAGCGGCCCUUGUUGAUGAUAUGGCACGUGGCUUGGUUGUCUGAGUAAAAACGCACUGCCAACCCUGACCAUAAAUGACCCAUGCCACAAGAGCCGCCACAAUGGGGUAGAUCUCAAAAAGAGCUAAGGUAGUGGAAAAGCCUUCCAGAUCCUAGACUUCAACAGGCCAACUACCCCAAAGCCAUUCGUUCCCGUAGAUUGCUGCAAAACCCGUGGUAGACGCUGCGUCUGACCAUAUAGUUGGUGAUGUCUCAGACAAUCCUGGGAGGAACAUGCUUAUACCAUUCCAUGUGGUUAAGAACUUCUUCCACAUGAGUAGGUAUGCUGUGGCUAAGGACAGCCUAUGAUCAUCAUGUCAGAAAUGUGGGAAAAGGCAAAGUAAUCUGGAUAUGAAAGCGCAGCCUUGUGAUAUGAUGAGCAUGGCAAAAUUUAAGGAACCUAGUAGGGAUUGUAGCUCCUUGUGGUUGCAAGAACCAAGCAGAAGGCAGUGAUUUAUGUUGGUGAGAAUGUUCCCUAUUUUGUCUUGUGGUAAACUUGCUUGCAUGGAUGCAGAGUCAAGCUGGAUGCCAAGGAAUGUAAUGAUAAUAUCCGGGCCUUCUGUUUUUUUAAAGAAACUGGGACACCCAAGUGGUCAAACAGGCUUAUUCCUUCCUUGAGGCUUUUAGGGGGAAAAGUGUUCUCUUCGACCAUCAAGAAGUCAUCUAGAUAGUGUAUGACUGUGGGGCAUCUGGAUAUGUUUAAUAACAACCAGCAUAGAGUUUCGGCAAAUAUAUAGAAAAUUUUUGGGCUGCUCUUUGACCCAAAAGUUAAUCGGGAGAAAAAAUAGUAACUGCCUUCCCAUUUAAUACCAUGUAAGUGCCAAAGUGUGGGGUGGAUUGGUAGCAGUUUGAAUGCGUUGAUGAUAUCAGUCUUACUUAACUAAGAUCCAACCCCUGCUUGAAAGAUGGCUGUAAUGGUGGUGUAUUUUAGGGAAAACUCCUCAGAGGGUAUAAGGGAGUUGAGACUUGGGGUAGCAGAGGUGUGUGGUGCUGACAAGUCUAUGAUCAGUCUCUGUUUGAGGGAAGAUUUCCCUGUGACAAUCCCAAUGGGGUUUGUUCUCCAUGCUGUAAAUGGUGGGGAUUGGAAAAGCCUGAGUAGAAAGCCCUCUGCAAUUUCUUGGGCUACGAGUGUGUUUACAGCCGUUGGGUUCUGCUGUGCUGACUGCAAGUUUGGGCAUUCAAUAUUCCCUGAAUGCAUAUGUACUGUACCCGUAUGGAGGCCCUCUGACAACCCCGAGAUUAGUUAAUCUACUAGAUGUCUGGAAGGGUGAUGAGUCAGUAACGCUGAAAAUGCAGUAAUGUUUACAGACGUUAAGUACGGUUUAGGGUACAUUUUAUUGGGACACAUGGUUUUAGCAUGUGCCCUGAAACAAUUUGAACAGAUAUGCAACAGUCUGCAUGCACUGAAACUACAUGUACCAACAUUCAAAUUGUUGCAAAUCUGGGAUUUGCUAAAAAAAGAUAAUGGGAUGACCCAAUUUGUCUCUGGUAGUUCUUUGCAUUCUACCAGAGGUGCUAGGGACUGGAGCAUAAAAGUAAUCGUCCGCUGUGUUGGGACAAAAGUUAGUUGUGUGGGUAGUAGAAGAGCAGGAUGCACAAGCUGAUGUCUUAAGACCUGCAAAGUGUCUGCAGAAUAUCUCGGUAUCCAGUUUGCUCCAGUUGGUUCUGUUCCCGAAUUGGAAGAGAGCACCUUGGCUGAAAAAGACCUAUAGUAGUUGUAAAACGCUGUACCACCAUAUUUGUUGCCUAGGUCUACCAGCUUGUGCAUGUAUAGAUCAAAUUCUUCCCUUCUGUUUGGGUAAACUGCACAAAUCACAUCUCCAUAAAUGCCAAAAGCUAAAACAAACUCAGGGAUGGUCAGUUUCCUAUUUAACCUUGAAUCCCUGGAUCUGACCACCACAGAUACAUCAUCAUAAGCAUACGUUUUAUUUUCGACAAUAUCCUGGGAGGCAAUUAGCAGAGAUGCUAAGCUGACAUCUUUACCUUCCAGGAUAUCUUUCUUAAUGUGAGCUGGAAUCAUGUGGGCCGGGUUAAAGUCCUGAGCAUCAGAAGAAGUGACUGAACCAGCUAACUGAGUUUUAGUUGAUGCUGGUUGUAUUGUAACAGGAAGCCCAGCCUUAGUAAGGGCUGUGGUGACAGAGUCGAGAUUCUCCAGCCUGUCAUUCACUUUGCUCAUGGAGUUCAUGAGUGAUGAUAACACUGCAUGGAUGUCACCCGAGUUGGUGUUGCUAGUGCCUUCCCCCACCUCUAUGAUAUUUGUUGAUGUGCGGAGCAGCUUAAAAAGUUCAACUUUUCUUGCUGUAGCUGGGUAGGGGAUUUUUCGCCUCCUUAGCUCGGUAGUAAUGCGUGGGAUCGUCCAGGAUCUGAUCGAUGUAGGCAACAUCACCUCUAAGUGAAGGUGUGCCCGAUCUAGCCGGAUUGCUAGGUAGAGAGAAAUCCUCGCCACCUUCUUGAGACAUACUAGAUAACAUAAAGAUUGCCAUUACUAUUUGCACAACAGAGGUCUUGUAGCUAAAGCCGUGUGGCGAAACAAUUAUUCUUGGUUCUGGUGAGGCCCUACUAGUUGCUAAGUGGCUUGAGAUGCUCUAACUAUGCGUUGGUGCAAGGGGAUUUUUUAGUGGCCACCGAACGUAGUGGCAGCGUGUUGACCUCUCGGUGAAUGUAAACAGAAAAUAGGAAAGGGAGUGACAGGUGAGGCCCUCUCUAUGAUACCAUGCGAGGCUGCUAGCUAAUGAGUGGCCCAAUGGGUGUAUACCUCUGAGUGUGAGGUGGGGUGUUGGCCUUGCGUGACUACUAACAGAAGGCGUAGAAGUACAGGUAGUUCUGUUAGUUAUGAUGAUCAGAUCACAUUUUAUGACCAAUUUGUGCAAAAAUCCAUAUCAUUCCAAAGGGUUCACAUACUUUUUCUUGCAACUGUAUAUAUAUACAUUUAUAUAUAUAGGAAGCAAAAAACAAAAAAGUUGUGGGGAAAAAAAUGUGAUUGAGAACCCCUUCCACCUGAAGUAUGUGGAUAGUUAGUACAAUGUUAAACAAAAAUCUGCACAACAGCCAAGCCAUAAGACUUGCUUUUCCCACAGAAAUCACAGAUUUGCAGUGAUGUUACUACCGCAAAGGAUUCUGGGUGGGCAUGUGCAAAUUAGUUGAACAAAGAAUCACAAUUUUGCCAUUCCCUUUUAAACAUGAAUUCCUUUGAGUCUUUGUUUGCUGCAUACAAGAGCUUUGAAAGACAACGUAGGAAUAGAUGCAAAGCCAGUGAACCACUCAUGGAAGCUUCACUGGUUUGCAUCUUUUCCUACCUUGUGACACACAUUGGCUAACACAAAUACAUACACACACAAUGUCUAAUAGACACACACUGCCUAACAAACACACUGCCUAAUACACACACACACACACACACACACUGCCUAACACUCACACAUGCACAAAGCAAGCUGCACUCCUCCAUCCCUCACAUACUCAGGUGGGGGCUUGCCCAGGAAUCAGCCCAGCUAUACGCUUCCAGUCUGUGUCUGCUCCCUCCCACAGGCUAAGCAGGAUCAGGACAGGGCGGCAUUACAUGGAAGACCAGUUCAUCUCGUCAAAGGACUUGGUGACUGUAGGAUCUUGGGAGCAGGGGGCAGAGGCAGGUUGGGGCACGGGUUAAAAUGUUUGGGGGCGAGGAGAGGCGGGGUUAGCCAUGAGGAAGGGCUAAGAGAGCAGAGUUAUAAUUAAAGUGCCGGCCAUGCAUGAAAGGUGUUUAACCUCCCAAGACUGUAGGGUCAUGUCCAUUUCUCCACGUAGUUUUUCAUAGUUAAAUUUGAAUAGGUGGUCUGAGUGAUGAGAGAUUUGAAGUCCCAAAUAAAAUACAUAGUUAGAUCUCCAAGCUAGGUUAAAAUUUGCUUGGAGUGUAGUGAGUGUUGUUUCAGUAAUGUCUAUCCCCAUGGCCUGUGUUUUGGACACAUUUAGUUUUUAGUAUGAAUUUUGUGGCUGUGUUAGGGUGAGGAGGAUGUCUUCUGCGAAUAGGUUGACUUUAUAUUCACGGCCCCCUUUUGGGACUCCAUGAAUGGCAGUGUUGUUCUUAAUUAUAGAUGCAAGUGGUUCCAGUGCCAUGACAUAGAGUAAGGGUGACAGCGGGAACCCUUUCCUCGUUCAGUUAGUAACAAAAAAUGGAACGGACAGGAAUCCUUCAAUGAGCACCCUUGUCGAGGGUGAACUCUGAAGUGCUCUAACAACUGCUAAGAAACCCUCUGGUAUCCCAAAUUUGACCAUGACCACCUCCAGGAAUCUCCAAUUGAGAUGGUCAAAGGCUUUCUCUUUGUCCAGUGAGAGAAUCAAUCCCCCACCUAUGUUAAGUUAUUUCAUGCUGUAGAUGAUAUCUAGGAAUUUGAGUGUGUUCUCUGAUCCUUGUCGGCCUGAUACAAAACCAACAUGGUCAGUAUGAAUUAUGUGGGGUGGAUUUUACUCAGUCUAAGGGCAAAUAUCUUACCAAAAAGUUUUGUGUCUGAGUUCAGGAGUAAGAUCAGCUUAAAAUAUUGUAGUUGGGUUGGUGGUUGGCCAGGCUUGGGUAGGGUUACAAUAUGUGCCAUGAGUAUUUUUUUGUGUAGGGGCUGACCAGUGAUUUCCUCUGUAUAUAUUUGUGUUAGAUGCGAAUGCAGGAAAGUUUUAUAGUAUGAACUGUCAAACCCAUCUGGGCCUGGGGAUUUUCAUGUUGCUAGGGUUCCUAUUGCUGCCAGGACCUCCUCUACAGAGAUAGGUGCUUUCAGAUCCGUCUUUUGUUGUGAGGUGAAGGUGGGAAGGCUAGUGCCAUGUAGGUAGGCUUGUAUGGUCUCAAGCCUCUAUUGGUUGGUGUGUAUUUUCAUCAUCUUUGAGGUUGUAGAGGUCUGUAUAUGUAUUGUGCAAAUUUGUUACUAAUUAGAGUGAGCGAACCCGAACCGCAAAGUUCGGGUUAGUACCGAACAUUAUGUUUUUUGGACCCCGGACCCGAACACGGACAUAUCACUGUAUGUUCAGAUUGGAGUUCGGUGUUCAGCGAUUUAAUGAUGCGUUUUGAAAGGCUGCAGGGCAGCCAAUCAACAAGCGUUUGACUCGUGUGCCCUUAGCAGCCAUCACAGCCAUGCCUACUAAUGGCAUGGUUGUGAUUGGCCAGUGCAACAUGUGACCCAGCCUCUAUAUAAGCUGGUUACUUAGUAUUAAGUAAGCUGGUUACGUAGUAUUAUUAAAUACCGCGAGUAGGUGCAUGUCUAUUAAACAGUGAGCAGCCAGUGACUGCUCACUGUUUAAAAAAAUAAAAAUUUCCCCCUCCUGAGCCACCACCCACAAUGCGCAAGUGGGGGCUUUUAAACUAAAGGAGGAACCUAUUGCCCCCCCGCCCCCACCCCUGAGCGGCGGGUGGGGGCCCUAAAUACCAAUAAGGGGGAACCUAUUGUCCCCCUCGGCCCCCACCCCUGAGCGGUGGCCCUAAAUAUCAAUAAGGGGGAACCUAUUGUCCUCCUCCCUGGCCCCCACCCCUGAGGGAAAGAAGGAGGGAGGUGGGAGCCCUAAAUAUCAAUAGGUGGGACCUAUUAUCCUCCCCCGUGGCCCCCACCACUGCGCGGCGAGUGGGGGCCCUAAAUAACAAGGGGGGACCUACUGUCCUCCCCUCUGACCCCCCCCGUGCGGCGGGUGGGGGCCCUAAAUAACAAUAAGGGGGGACCUACUGUCCUCCCCCCAGGCCCCCACCCCUGCGCGGUGGGUGGGGGCCAUAAAUAAGAAUGUGGGGGGGACCUACUGUCCUCUCUCCCUGGCUCCCACCCCUGAGCGGUGGGUGGGGGCCAUAAAUAAAAAUUGGGGGGGACCUAAUGUCCUCCCCCCCGGCCACACCCCUGCGCAGUGGGUGGGGGCCAUAAAUAAGAAUGUGGGGGGGACCUACUGUCCUCCCCCCGGCCCCCACCCCUGAGCGGUGGAUGGGGGCCAUAAAUAAAAAUUGGGGGGGACCUAAUGUCCUCCCCCCCUGGCCCCACCCCUGCGCAGUGGGUGGGAGCCAUAAAUAAGAAUGUGGGGGGACCUACUGUCCUCCCCCCGGCCCCCACCCCUGAGCGGUGGGUGGGGGCCAUAAAUAAAAAUGGGGGGGACCUACUGUCCUUCCCCUCAGCCCCCACCCCUGAGCGGUGGGUGGGGGCCAUAAAUAAAAUUGGGGGGGACCUACUGUCCUCCCCCCGGCCCCCACCCCUGUGCGGUGGGUGGGGGCCAUAAAUAAGAAUGUGGGGGGGCCUACUGUCCUCCCCCCCUGGCCCCACCCCUGAGUAGCGGGUGGGGGCACUAAAUAAAAAUGUAACCCCCCCUCACCCCCCUGACCCCCAAAAAAUAACCCCUACCUACCCCCCUCUUCCUAAAAAUAAUGAGGGGGUACCCUUAUCUAAAUACCUGUAAAAAAAAAAAUAGACUUACCAUUUGAUGUCUUCUUUCUUCUUCUUCUAAAAUCUUCUUUUUUCAGCCCCCAAAAAAGGCCAAAUAAAAAUCUAUAAUAACCAACUGAAAAAAAAAAAAAAACGCAAAAAAAAUAAUAAUCCAUUUUCACCCAUGGAGGGCUCCACGCAGACUGAGCUCUGUAGGGCGAGAGAUGGCUUAUAAAGCCUUGCCCCGCCCUGCAAUUAGGCUCAGAGCACUCUGAUUGGUGGGUUUAAGCCAUCCAAUCAAAGUGCUCUGACAAGUAAAUGAAGAGACUGACAUGUAAGUCUCACCAUUAACCUGUCACCGCACUCUAAUUGGUUGGCUUUAAAUCCACCAAUCAGAGUGCUCUGUGUCAUUUUACACAGCGUGGGAAAGUUCUUUGGAAUCUCAAUGUAACGCUGUGUAAUUUGACUCAUAACACUCUGAUUGGUUACUUAAUCAACCUGACAUAUCAACCUAAUUCGUCUAUUUUCUGUAAUUUAAGGGAAUUCUUCCCAAAGCUGCUCUGGAGGCAAAGAAAUUUUGCUAUAACAACUAAUAAUAUUAUUAAUAAAAAAAAUCUAAUUUUUAUAUUUUAUCCUUUUAACGUUCUAUUUUUACUACAAUAACAACCUGCAAAUUUACAAUACGAAUAAAAGCCUUUUUUUAUGAUUACUUAAAAAAGUACUUUGGUUUUCCUUUCUAGGAUGGUUAAAAGUUAAAAUUUGUUUAAAACUAGGCGCUCCUUUAAAGGUAAUAAAAGAUUUAUUAGGAAGAAUCCUAGACAUAACUAUCGAAAUCUAAAAAGUUUAUAUAAGUGUAGCGGAGAGGCAGUAUGAUCCACGAUAUCUCCGCUGGGUAACAGGAACAACAAAGGAUAAUCCAGGGAAUCAGCAUAUAAUAAUCCAAACAGCACUGCAGUAACCCUUCCUUCCCAAGAACUAGACGACACAUAGGCUGGGAGUCAACUGAGGUUUUAAUCACAGGUCACAGUAUUUAUGCAAUUCCCCAUGCAAGGGGUUUCCAAACUGACAUUACAGGGGUUGUACAGGAGGGGACUACAUGGGGGACUUACAGUACCACAUAUUUCUCCCAUCAGGCACCGCUGCACGAGAGGGAUCAUCCUCCCAGAAUGCACCGUUAAGGGGAUUAUCCCCUCGUGCAGCAGAACCGGCAAUUCACACAAAAAUCUACAACUGGUAUAAUAUACGGUGGAUUUACACGAAUGGACGUUCGGUAGAUAGCUGGGGUCUGGGCGCAUCAUUCGUGAGAUUGCCGCUCAGAUCCCAGCUAAAAUAACCGAACGCCGCACAGAAAACACAUUUCUUUCCAAACCCACGAAAAGAACCGAUUGCUUUUAGUGAACCUGGUCCUGAAACUCCCGAACGUCCUGGAGGCUCAGCGGUGUUCGUGCCGUCGAAUAACUGUUGGUAAUGCUAUGCGUUCGACGACACGGACCCGCUGAAGAACCAGGGAUCCAAGAUGGCCGACCGCCGCAUGGUCGGUAGUCGAACGACGGCCACCCAGGAGAGCCUCUAAUAACCGAUUGCAACAAUGUUGCAAUCGGUUAACUAGCGCCACACGCCUCUAAGUGUGUGGGCUAUUAGGGGGUAUCGCAUUCGUUUCACGAACGGCCCUCCAAAGUGCCGUUCGCGAAACGAACGGGAAUCCCCAUACAAACCGCCAUUUGCAUUCGGCGGAACAGAUAGGUACAGGCAAUGCAGGGAAUACAUGAAGCAGGCACAUACAGUUACAACGCAUCUCUCUCCAGACCUAUAGGCAACCCUUAAAGGCAUAGUGUCCAGUUAUAGUCCGAGUGGCUAGGUUUGCCACAAUGCUCCCCCAGAACCAAGCCGGCAUACACAGUCUGAUCCCAACGGAUCGGCUUGGGGAUGUCCGGAGGAGUACUCACGAAUCACGGCUCCAAGUCUGUUUGUCUAGACAACCCGUCGGCGUUGCCAUUCUGCUUCCCAGGGCGGUAGUGGAUAGUAAAGUCAAAAGGCUGCAGCGCCAAACUCCAGCGCAGCAGCCUGGCAUUGUCUCCGGACACCCUGUUCAGCCACACCAACGGGUUGUGAUCCGUGAGUAAAGUGAAGGGUUGCCCGUAUAAGUAGGGUUGCAACUUCUUGAGGGCCCACACCACAGCCAGGCACUCCUUUUCAAUGGCGGCGUAGCUUACUUCCCUGGGUAAAAGUUUUCGGCUUAGGUAAGCUACGGGGUGCUCGCCGCCAUCGGGUCCAACUUGGCUCAGUACUGCUCCCAAUCCAAACAUAGAAGCGUCUGUGUGGACGAGAAAGCGUUUAGUUGGAUCAGGAGCAGAAAGUACAGGAGAGUUAACCAGCGCCGUCUUGAGCUGUUGGAACGCCUGCUCACACUCUGGGGCCCAGACUACUAACUUAGGGAGGUUCUUGCGGGUCAGGUCUGUGAGGGGUUUGGCGAGGGCGCUAUAGUUGGCCACAAACUUCUGGUAGUACCCGGCGGUCCCUAGAAAGGCGAGCACUUGGGUCUUGGUGCGAGGGGUAGGCCAUUGGGCGACUGCCUCUAUUUUAGCAGGUUCGGGUUUCUGUUGCCCACUCCCUACCCGGUGUCCCAGAUACUGGACUUCCGCCAUACCGAUAUGGCAUUUGCUGGGUUUUAGGGUCAGUCCGGCCUCUCGGAUUCGGUCUAGAAUGGCUCCUAUGUGAACCAGAUGUUCGUGCCAGGAGUGGCUGAAUAUGGCGAUAUCAUCUAGAUACGCGCAGGCAUACUCCUGGAACCCAUCUAACAGUCUGUCCACCAUUCUCUGGAAGGUAGCUGGAGCGUUUUUCAUCCCGAAUGGCAUAACCUUAAACUGAUACAGGCCAAACGGGGUGACAAAAGCCGACUUAGGGAUGGCGUCUUCCGCUAAGGGAAUCUGCCAGUACCCUUUGCACAAGUCUAUAGUGGUUAGGUAUUGACCCCUGGCCAUCUUGUCGAGGAGUUCGUCUAUUCGGGGCAUGGGAUAUGCGUCAGAGGUCGUUUUAUCGUUGAGCCGUCGGUAGUCUACGCAGAAACGGGUCGUCCCGUCCCGUUUCGGCACCAGUACUACCGGGGAGGCCCAGGGGCUGUCCGAGUGCUCUAUUACUCCUAGCUGAAUCAUCUCCUCAAUUUCCUUGCGCAUAUUUUCCUUGACUGCUUCUGGAGUGCGGUAUGGGGGUUGGCGCAAGGGGGUCGGAUCUAGCGUUUCUACCUUAUGGGUAGCCAACGGGGUAUAGCCGGGUAAAUUGGAAAACGUGGCCUUCUUUUCCUGAAGCAGCUUUUGUACCUGUGCCCGUUCUUGGGUAUUUAAUCUUUCUCCUAACUGUACCUCUCCCAGAUCUCCGCUCUGGCCCUCUUGGUCUAGGAGAUCGGGUAGGGGUAGGUUAUCAAAAUCUUCCGUGGCAGGGGCACAGAUUGCGGUGACUUCCUCAGUACGUUCGUGGUAUGGCUUGAGCAUGUUCACAUGGAGCAUGCGUUUGCCUCCCACGCCGGUAACCGGGCCGAUCACAUAGGUGGUGUCACAGAUCUGUUCCACCACCUUGUAUGGGCCCUGCCAGGAAGCCUGCAGCUUAUCUUUGUGGACGGGUCGCAGGAUUAGGACUUUCUGCCCCACUUGAAAGCUGCGGUCCCUGGCUCCCUUAUCAUACCAUCGGCGCUGUCGUUGUUGCGCUACCUGGAGAUUGUCUCGGACGGUCUGGGUUAGCCUCUCCAGGCGUUCCCGGAACUCGAGCACAUAUGGUAAGAUAGGGGUGCCAUUAACGGUUUCGUCUCCUUCCCAGUGCUCCCGUAUCAAGUCAAGAGGUCCCCUCACUCUCCUCCCGAAUAAUAAUUCGAACGGAGAGAAUCCGGUGGAUUCUUGCGGCACCUCUCGAUACGCGAACAGUAGGUGGGGUAAAAACCGCUCCCAGUCCUUUUGGGUGUCCAUGAACGUGCGGAUCAUUUGUUUCAGGGUUCCGUUAAACCGUUCACAGAGCCCAUUGGACUGGGGGUGAUAUGGGGAGUUGAGGAUUUGUUGUAUCCCACAUAUUUUCCAGAGCUGAUGGGUCACUUCAGCAGUAAACUGGGUGCCUCUAUCGGAGAUAAUCUCCCGGGGAAAUCCUACCCGGGUGAAUAUCCUCAUCAGGGCUUCGGCUACCGUUUCUGCGUGUACGUUCGUUAGGGCCACUGCCUCGGGAUACCGGGUGGCGUAGUCCACCACAGUUAGGACAUACUUCUUGCCGGAGGGGCUGGGUUUUGCGAGGGGACCUAUAAUGUCUACUGCCACCCUACUGAAUGGUUCUUCAAUGAUGGGCAGAGACCGUAGUCGGGCUUUGUAUCUGUCCCCCUCUUGCCUACCCUUUGGCAGGUAUCGCAGGUCUGACAAUACCGCUUAAUAUCCUGGGAAAUACCUGGCCAAAAGAAAUUUUGGGUCAGCCUGUGCUUGGUCCGACUGAUGCCUAGGUGUCCAGACAGAGGGAUAUCAUGGGCUAUGCGUAACAGCUCUAACCUAUACUUUCGAGGCACUAUUAGCUGUUUAAUGGGCAACGGUAUUGACCCGGACACUACCUUCUCUGCGUGCCGAUAUAGUAGCCCUUUGUCCCAGAUAUAUCUUUCCCCCUCUAACCCAGCUUGAUUUUUAUCCAUGCGGUCUUUGUACACCUGUAACGAAGGAUCUAGGGCUACUUCGGCCCCGAACUCUAUGGAAUUGGCCCAGGGCAGGAUAGGGGGUAGGGGAGGGUCAUUGCUUACCUGAGCCUCAGAGUGUUCGAAUGGUGCAGUGGUGCGGGCCUGUUGCCGGGUCACAACUGGGUAUGCUUCUUGUACGGUGGGCUGUGGAACAAAAGCCGAAGUCAGCUCCCCCAAAUCGUUGCCCAAAAUCACAUCCGCUGGCAAGUCUUGCAUCAUCCCCACAUAUACAUUCCCGUGCCCCGCUCCCCAAUUCAAGUGCACCUUGGCCGUGGGUACUUUGUAAAUGGCUCCCCCAGCCACCCGUACAGCCACACAGUCCCCCGUGAGCUUGGGCUUUGGUACCAGAUGACUGCGUACUAGAGUUAGGGUAGCUCCCGAGUCACGAAGUCCUUGUACUUUCCUCCCUUCCAUGUGUACUUCCUGGCGGUGUCCUUGGCGGUUAUCGGAGGCGGCCUGGAUAGGGUUCACCUCGUGUAGAGUACCGAGGGGUUCCUCCCGGGUCGUCCCCAACUCCAGAUUUUGGUAGGAUUCGGCCUGUAGACAGUGGACUGCGGCACGGUUGCUCGGGGCGGCGUUAUUCCAGCUGGGUCGAGGCCGGUUCCGUGGGCAGUCUCUCUGGAUGUGUCCCUGUUGGUUGCAGGUAUGGCACCGGAUUGGUGGACGUGCUGAAUAUCUGGGGGGGUAGGAAUUCUGGUUUACCCCUGGUCGCUGGUACGUUGUGGGGCCCCCUGGAGGGCUGGCCGUUGUAGGGGGGAUGGUGGCUCGGGUGGGUAUGGGUUGAUCUCUCCGAUUGUCCUGGAAAUCGUCUGCCAUAUUAGCCGCUUCCUGCAGGGUGUGUGGCUUUCUGUCCCGGAUCCAGUUUUGUAGGUAGGUCGGGACGCCAUUGAAGAAUUGUUCCAGUACCAUUAGCUGGAACAGACCUUCCAAUGUAUCAACUUGGGCGGCCUCCAGCCACCCUUUGGCAGCUCGUUGUAGCUGGUGCGCCCACUCCACAUGGGUGUCCUUACUGGGUUUUUUAAUGUCCCGAAACUUCUUUCGGUAUGCCUCUGAUGUGAUGGCAUACCGGGCUAGGAUGGCCCGCUUUACUUUAGCGUAGUCUCUACUAUCCUCGUCUGGUACUGCCCGGUACGCUUCGGCGGCUCGCCCAGAUAAUCUCCCCGCUAGUAGGGGUACUCUGUCUGCAUCAUUAAUUUCGUGCAGCAAACACAGUCUCUCGAAAUCCUGUAAAUAGUCGUCAACGCCACCCUCUGUCUCCACAUAGCUUUUGAAGGCUUGAUAUGGGAUUUUGGUUUUCCCUGGGAAAAUAUGGACUGGCGUUGCGGCUCUUUCUCUGGCUUGCUGGUUUCCUGGCGGUCCCCUAGCCAUAAUGUACUCCUGUACAUCGGCGAACAGCCGGUUAAACAUUUCUGUAGAUGGUUAACAAUGUUGCAAUCGGUUAACUAGCGCCACACGCCUCUAAGUGUGUGGGCUAUUAGGGGGUAUCGCAUUCGUUUCACGAACGGCCCUCCAAAGUGCCGUUCGCAAAACGAACGGGAAUCCCCAUACAAACCGCCAUUUGCAUUCGGCGGAACAGAUAGGUACAGGCAAUGCAGGGAAUACAUGAAGCAGGCACAUACAGUUACAACGCCUUUCUCUCCAGACCUAUAGGCAACCCUUAAAGGCAUAGUGUCCAGUUAUAGUCCGAGUGGCUAGGUUUGCCACAAUAAGAAAUACUAAAACAACUAGUAAAUUGUAGUUUCCACUAAUUUGACUUUAGAUUGCUUAAAAUAACUUCCAGAUCAGGGAUAGGUCCACUCCAUAAAUAAAACAAAUUGUCAAUAUACCCUGAUUGGAGACAAGGUUUUCCCACCAUGCCGGGUUGUCAUAUAUAAAAAUGUGUUCUCAAUGCGACGUAGCUAGGGGAAAAACUGGUCUGCAUAGCUGUACCCUGACACUGUAAAUAAAAUGUUGAAUUAAAAAUAAAACAAUUAUUACUAAAAAUCAAAAAAAUACUAUCAAUUAAAAAAUGUAUAUGAACUGUAGAAAACUUGCCCUAAUGUUUCAAAAAUUCUCUUAUUACUUUGCAACAGAGUGCAUGUGGGAUAGGCUUAUACAAUGAGGUCACCAAAAAAUAUGUCUUUUCCCAUUUUAAAUUGUUAACAAUUGUAUUAACAUCUGUUGUAUCUUUUAAGUAUGAAGGUAUUGACUUAACCAAGUCUUGUAGCCAAAUGUCUACAUACUUUGAAAGGUUAGCUGAUAUUGAACUUAUACAUGAUACUAUAGGUCUAACAGGUUGGCUAUUUAUACUUUUAUGCACCUUGGGCAGGGUAUAAAAGGUCAGAAAUCUCAGAAAUUCCUGUAAUAAAAAAUUUAAUUUGUUAAUCAUUCAAGACGCCUUCCUAUUUUUCCCUGUUCAAAAGUGCAGACAAAGAUCCAAUCAUUUCUAAAAUUUGAUCUUUUUCUAAUUCCUUAUAAAGAUCCUUAUUAGAGUUGAACGGACACCUGGAUGUUCGGGUCCGGCCGAACUUUGAAAAAAAGUCCGGGUUCGGGCUCGAACUUGACCCCGAACUUGGCCCGAACCCGAACCCCAUUGAAGUCAUUGGACCCAAAAAUGCCGCUAAAAAAAGUCCUGGAAAGGGCUAGACGGCUGCAAAAGGAAGUAAAAUGGCGGUAAGAGUACGACAAGUGCCCUGCAAACAAAUGUGGAUAGGGAAAUCUUUUAAAAUAACAUAAAAUACCUAAAGAUUAAAAAUGAGGUUUUUACGGUUUUUUUCCAGGGCUGCUUUGGAUUCCCAGGGACUCCCAGUUUGGCUCUGCCAGCGAGUGCACUUUACCGCUGAAUAAUCUGUGUGAGCUGCCGCACACUUUAGCCCUGUUACACGUGUCUGGGAGCUGCUGUUGACAGGUACUAGUAGUCUAGAGAUUGGGGUUUAUGCUCAGCUAUCUGUAUAAUACAGAUCUGUGUGUAUAAAAUAUCCCGGAAUAGUCAGUGCUUCCUGUAUAGUGCUGCUCUCUGUCUUGGGAUAUUAUACACAAACAGACCUGUAUUAAACAGAGAGCAGCACUAUACAGGGAGCACUGAGUGUCCCAAUUUAUUAUACACACAACCCUGUAUUAUACAGAGAGCACUGACUGUCCAGGGAUAUUAUACACAGACAGUAAUUGAUAGCUGUGCUGCAAAAUGUCCUUGGAAAUUUGUUUUCAAAUGUUGGCAACUAUGGCACUGUAUCAAGGAUAAUGUGUUUGUUUUUUUAAAAAUCCCUGGUGGAAAAUAAUGAAUCCUCCACCAGGUAUUAUUAAAAAAACAAAACACAUUGUGUCGGGGUCGUGGCUUAACAUGCAACAGGGGCGGGGUAAAACUGCGACAAGGGCGGGGUUAAAUGUGCCCCCCUACUUUUGUCACUGGCCCUCCAUGUGCCCCCCUGAAAAAUGAAUCCUAGAGACACCACUGCUCCUAUGCCAGCUCUGUAUCGAAAGAGCUGAAGUCCAUGGAGAUGAGAAGUAAAGCUGACAAUGAGUUAGGGUUCCGUGUGUUCUACCAGCCGCUUCCGUUCCACACAGAAGUGAGAGCCAGUAAUCUAACUAAUUAAAAAAGCACUGUAGUGUUAAAUGUACAUGUUUGCAUUCCUAGCACUAUUGUGUUCCUUUAAUGGUAAUCCCAGAAAACUAAAUCAUCACACAAAAGAUAUAUACAGGGCCGGCGCGUCCAUAAGGCGGCACAGGCGGCCGCCUUAGGGCGCACGGGCUCUGGGGGCGCAAUAUUUCAGUGUCCGGCAGGAGAGAAGCUCUCCCUCCUGCCAGGCCAUAAUCUCAACCCCCGGCGCAGCAGUGCUGUGAUCAGGAGCGGCGAGGGAGCUCUAAUCUCCAACCUCUGCUCCCUCGCGCGCUGUCUGCUGAUGCUGCGGGAGUCGGAAUAUGACGUCAUCAACCCGGCUCCCGCAGCAUCAGUAGGCAGCCCGCGAGGGAGCAGAGGGUGGAGAUUAGAGCUCCCUCGCCGCGCCUGAUCACAGCACUGCUGCACGCCUCCCAGCAGCCCCAGGGACAGAUACAUCAUCCACACCAGCUCUCCAGGUAGGGAGGCUGGGUGGAAAAUAUGUAUUUAUAAAAUAAUUAGUGAAUGUAUGUGAUGUGUGUCUGUGAGUGACAGUGUGUGUGUGUCUGUGAGUGACAGUGUGUGUCUGUGAGUGACAGUGUGUGUGUGUCUGUGAGUGACAGUGUGUGUCUGUGAGUGACAGUGUGUGUGUGUCUGUGAGUGACAGAGUGUGUGUGUCUGUGAGUGAUGUGUGUGUCUGUGAGUGACUGUGUGUGUGUGUCUGUGAGUGACAGUGUGUGUGUGUGUGAGUGACAGUGUGUGUGUGACAAUGUGUGUGUCUGUGAGUGACAGUGUGUGUGAGUGACAAAGUGUGUGCGUCUGUGAGUGACAGUGUGUGUGAGUGACAAAGUGUGUACGUCUGUGAGUGACAGUGUGUGUGAGUGACAAAGUGUGUACGUCUGUGAGUGUAAGUGACAAAGUGUGUGUAAGUGACAAAGUGUGUGUGUCUGUGAGUGACAGUGUGUGUGAGUGACAGUGUGUGUGUGUGAGUGACAGUGUGUGUGUCUGUGAGUGAUUGUAUGAGUGUGUGUGCAUGUGAGUGUAUGAGUGUGUAUGUCAAAUCAGUGAGAGUAUGUUUGUCAUUGAGUCUGUGUGUGACUAUCAGGGUGUCUGUCAAUGAGUGUCAAUCAGUGUGGGUCUGUCACUGUCAAUGAAUGAGUGUGUGUCAGAUCAAUGAGUCUGUGUCUGUCAGUGACGUCUGUGUGUUUGUCAUUGAGUGUGUGACUGUCAGUGUGUACAGAGUGUAGCGGAGCAGAGCGCGGUACAGGAACGUCUGUUUCCUGUACCUGGCCAGACUGACAGGAGGUGCUCACAGAGAGAGCACUCCCUGUCAGUCCGGCCGGGUACAGAAAACUGAAGCUCCUUUAGGGGAUCUGCUCCACUCGACAAUACAACAAUAGAGGUAGGAGGCACACCAGGAAGGGGAGUGUGACCACUAAAGGGGUGUGGGGUGCACCAAGGGACAGGGAGGGAAUGGGAGAGAAACACCAAGAGACAGGGAAAAGAGGGGGGAGGGGAGAAGAACACUAAGGGACAGGGAAGGGAAGGGACUACUAAUGGUCAGGGAGGGGAGAGGGGCUGAUUAAGAGGCACAUAGGUGAAGAUGUUUUUUUUUGGGGGGGGGGAGAAAUGCAUCUUCGCCUAUGUACCUAAAAAUCCAAGCACCGGCCCUGGAUAUAUAUAUAUAUAUAUAUAUAUAUAUAUAUGAAACAUACAAAAUCCAGUGCACUCACUAAUUCACUAAACAGUGAUUUCAAGUAUCACAGACCUAGGCAAAAAACAAUGGGGGCUUAGUUACAGUAAAUGAUCAUACAUUUCAUAAGCCUUCCACGAGAGAGAGAGAGAGAUACAGGAUAUUUACCAUGGGAUAUUUUUUUUUUAUAAAUUCUUUAUUUUGGAAGAUUUUGUUGUUUGGGGUGGGGGUACAGAAAUGAAAACUUGGGGAUAUAGUUUUAGUACAAGUUUCGCAGAGCUGACAUGUUUUAACAUGGCAUUUGACCAAGCUUAACAGUUUUGCAUGUCUGUCAUCAUUGUCUUGGGGUUGGGGUGGGGUACAGAAAGAAAAAGGGUGGGGGUGUUGGGUACACUAUCACGCACAUUUUCCUUUGUGCCUUUAUUUUAUUUAUUUUUUACCUAUGUGAGCCUUUUGCGUAAGGUGGUGUCCAUGUUGAUUUGUGCUUUGCGUUAUUUGUCAUGUGGUGCCCAGGAUUUGUGACCCAUGGGUGGUGUCGCCCUGUCUAUUUUGGUUCACGUGUGUGUGUUCUGGGUGCCCCGUUUUGUUCUGGGUUAUGGUUUUGUUCGUUUUGUCUUGUGUUGUGGUGAUUCUGUUGUGUGUUAGUGGAGGUCGAGCUGUUUUUUGCAGCCUCUUGGUACCUCGGUUGAGUUCAGUCUCCCUGAGUGUGUUGCGGUGAGUCCUAGUUUGGGGGUUGUGAUCAAUCUCCAGGAAGAUGUUGCAUGAUGAUUCUCUCGGUUUUGGUGGUCGUGGGUUGUGGUUUGAAUCUGUGGGAUUGCGUCUCUGCAGGUGUGGGGGGGGGAGGAUGGUGAUUCAAUGUGGUGUUUGUGGAUGGAGUGUAUGUGGUGUGACUCUGUGUGGGGUGGGUCUGUAUGUGUUUCAGGUGGGGAGUGGGAAUUCGUAGAACCACAGGUCCCAGAUUUUAUGGAAGUGUUUGGUCGUGUCGUGGACCAUUGCGGACCUUUCGUCCAUUUUAAUUGCGUCUUUUAUCUUGCGGUUUACUGUGUCCAUUGAUGGGGUGUCUGGGCUGCCCCAUUUUUCUGCUAUGGCUCUCCUGGUGGCUAGUGCUAUUUGGCUAUUAAUUUGGCUAUUUGGCUAUUAAUUUGUUUUGGGCCCUGGGUGUGUUGGUUAGUGGUUUGGAUAGGUCACGUCCAGGGGUCUAGUGAUAUAUCUGUGUGGAGGAUUCUCGAUACCAUGGAAGCUACUUGUUGCCAGAGUUGUGCUGUGGGUGUGCAGUCCCACCACAUGUGAAGGUAUGUACCCUUUUGUCCGCAUAACUUCAAGCAAGAGUCUGUGUCUGACCUGCCCAUCUGUUUGAGCUUUAGGGGGUGAGAUACCAUCUCAUUAGCGUCUUGUAUGCCUGUUCCUUAUGGUUGAUGCAUAUAGAUAUGGAGGCUGUGGCCUCCCAGAUCUCGGCUCUAUCAGAUGGGUCCUCCGCCGGACCUAUAUCCCUCACCCAAGCCGACACAUAUGUAAGGGCUCAGUCUUUGACGUUUUGAAUUAUGUGUGUAUAGAGUGCAGAUAUUUGGCCUUUUUGUGUUGGUGAUUUUAUACAUUGUUUUUCGAAGGGUGUGAGUGCUUUAGUACCUUCUUCUUUGAUUGCUGGUGUUUCCAGGAAGCUUUUGAUUUGGAUGUGGCGGAACAUGUCGAAGGUGUGGUAUGGUGUGGUUUGUGGGAGGUCUGAGAAAGGUAUUGGUUGUUGGUUUCUAUAGAAGUGGUAUAGUCGGGUGAGGUCGUUUGCUUCAAAGCGGGCAAAGUCUUUGGGUGUCAUGCCCGGUGGGAAUUGUGUGUUGUGGAGCAGCGGGGUUAUUGGUGAGUGUUGUGUUGAGAGACCGCUUUUUUGAGUUGUUUUGUCCCAAAUGUUUAUGGUGUUGAGUAUUGCCGGGGAUGUUCGGGGCAGGGGGGGUCUCGCUGAUUUUGGUAGCCAUAUAUAUAGGGAGGGGAAGUCUCUGCCGAAGAUGUCAUGUUCUAGGUCUGCCUAUCGUUUGACUACGUACAGUGCGUGCCAGUUUUGGGCUUGCGUUAAUUGGGCUGCCUGGUAGUAAUAGGGUAAGGUGUGGUAAGCCUAGGCUCUGUUCGGUACAUAAAGGGUUUGACGGUUUAUCCUGGCACAUCUGUUGGACCAGAUGAAUUUGUCGAUUGUGGGUUGUAGCAAUUUGAAGUCGGCACUCCGAAUUGGAAUUGGUAGGGCUUGGAACAGGUAUAGGAGCAUGGUGUGCAGCACCUAUGUUCAGUGUCUCCAUGCUCUGCAUGUAGGUGCAGAAUGUUACCCAUACAUAACAUGCGCAAUAUCCUCCCAAUGCUUUCCUAUGGGAAAACAUUGGCUUAGCUGAGAUCAUAAAGAUUGAUGAUCCCAGCCAUGGAGGCGGGACCAGCUGUGGCGAAACUGGCACAGCGUGGGAUAAAAGGUGAAUAAAAUCACCUUUCACAUGUGAUCGGGGGCAAAUACCUAAGCAGACAGACACACACAAACACACACUCUGACACACACACAAACACACACUUACAGACAUACACAGAGACAUGCAUACACACACACUGACUGACACACAUACACACACUGACAGACACACAUAUACACACUCACAAAUAGACAUAGACAUGUUUGUUUUCAUUUAGGUCAAUCCAGCCUCCCUACCUUUGCACCCUCUCUGUAGUGAUGCCAGAGUAACAUCAUAUUCCGGCUCCCGGCAUCACUAAACAGCGCGAGGGAGCAGAGAGGAGCUUCUUAAAUAUUACUGCCUCUUCGCCUGCUGCCUCAGCUGGCCGGCUGCUUCAUUGUUCCCUUUAACUAACGGGCUGACAAAUCCCAGGUGUCAGGGCGAAAUUUCUAAUCGCCAUGGCGACCUGGCACCUGGGAUUUGACAAGCCCUGAAUUAAGAAAAUUCUGUGUGGAAAUUAAGUUCAUUAGCUCCAGACAUCUACAGUCAUUGGUACUUUUUACCUGCCAGCUGUUACUUGCUAAAGUACCUAUCACUAAAGUACCUACUACGUUUAGCAAUUCGUCGCUGUUCAAUACUUGCCAAUUUCACAAGUGGCAACAGGGAUUUACCCACAGCAACUACUAAAAUGCCACCACAAACUGCUGUCAUUGGUGGUAAAUGAGCAAUGGCAGAUUUUCAAUUUUUCCUUUGAUGAACAUAGGGCUGGCCUGGAGUAUCUAAUGUUAUUGCUACUUUGAAGGCUUUAUUCCAGGAAAUGUAUUACACUUAAGCUGUACAUUUACAAUACUGUCCAAUAUGGCAACUCAGAUUAGUAAACCUUACUAAGUGACAAAGUGACUUACACAGGAAAAAUGUUUGGGGGUAUAUAUCUGUGUGGGGGGAUGGAUUUUACAGGCUUACUCUGGGGGCUGGCAGUGUGGUAUAUCUAUGGGGCUGAGUGAGGCAAGGUGAGCAUGGGGGUUGUGUGAUUGUGGAGACUGUGUGUGUGGGGAGACUCCAGUCCACAUCCCUUUUGGUUUGGGGGGAUGCCAGUGUGGGGGUACAGACCUGCUCUGAGAGCAGGGCAGAACCAAGCUUGUAGAUCUAUAGAUCUAUACUCCCAAACAUUGAUAUGCCAGAAAGUGUCCCAGGCCAAUUACACAGGGCAGUCCAUUGAGCGCUGUUUUAAGGCUCUCUGCAUGGUCCUAGAGUAGUAUGAGGGUGUCUAAUAAUGUACUCGUGCUACACAUUUUGGGGACUGUUGCGAGGCCUUUUGAUAUCCCCCUCGGCCCAUACACCUGCAGGUGCACUCAGCAGAGCUGGAGGGAUAAUGGUAAUACCGUCUUUGUGAUCUGCGACCCCAAAAAUAUCAACUGCCAACAAAAUUCUUAAAUUCACAAGAAAAACUUUUUUUUUGCAGUUUUUAAAAUCAUGUACAUGAUUCUGGGGUUUAUUGGUUAUACCUAAUAAGUACAGUUUUAAUAUAAUACAGAGUAGAAGCCAAUUUAUUUAUCCAUCACAAUCAAGGAUAAGGCAAAAUAAAAUACAAAUACAUAUAAAUUCUACUUAAAGCUUGUGAGAGCAGUAUAACAUAUUAAAUAAAACAAUUAUCACUUUAAAACACAUGGUGAGAAUAAUAAUUAAGUGACCCUUCUACAUGUCUUACUCUAAUUGUAGCUGUAUAAUGAGGUAUUACUGUGAAAACUGACUUAAUCUCACGCAAUAUUGGCUCCAAAGACACUCCCUGCGAUACUCACAUCAGCAAUUUAUUGUUUCUACCUGUGAAAGACAGGACAAGGCCCCAGGGUCUCUCAUGCAUUAUGCCUUAGAUCUUCCAUUCUGUCUGCUGAUUGGUUAAUGUCCCCUCACUUGUUGAAUAUAAGGGGCACCUAAGGCUGUACUCACAUAGAGCGAGAGAGUAGCAAGUUAGCAUCAUUCUGAUAACAACACUUCACCAAGAAGCAUGGAUCUGACAUUCAUCAUUGUUUUACUGGUCUUUGUGGUGGGGCCUGCACAAAGUAUUCCAAUACCAAAACCAUUUCAGGUAACACUCUACAUCUUAAAUGCUGACUUUGUUACUGCUCUUCAAUCCUUAAAUCCAGGUAAUGAAAAUGCCACAUUAAACUUUUUAAUAAUCCAAUACUAUUUUUUUUUUUAGGAUAUCACACCUGAACUGGAAGAACAAUGUAAGUGAUUAUCUACCUUUCAUAUUUCAGUAUGAGGCACAAAAUACUUAGAAUUACUGACUGGAAAGAUGUACUAAGCAAACAGAUUAGGUUGGAAGCCAUCCUGGUGCUAUGUCUUAUUGAUAUUUGGAACAAACUGAAACAUCUUAGAUUCAAGAAAAACCACCAAAUUCCAAUGUAACGAUUGAUAUAAUUAUCUGUUAGAAUAAAUGUAUCUUUGUUUACCUUGUCACACUAUUUUUACCCACAGACACAGAUGAAAAUAAAACAGAAACUCUGGAUGUAUUCACCCGGAUUAUUAAUGGAAACAAAAGUAAAUAUCUACAUGUAUUUUUCUAUCAGUCACAUGAUAUAUUGAUGCUCACUGUCAGAGUAAUCUCUUCUAUCUAUUUAUCUAUCUAUUUAUCUAUCUUUCUCAAUUUUUUAAGUUCUACAAAAUGUGCAGGUAUGUUCUGUCUGUCUUUCUUUCUCUCUGUUUAACUGUCUGCGUGUCUGUCUAUCUAAAUAUUACGGUACGUAAGAUAAUUAAAGUAAUGCCAGACUCUUGUCUUUACGUGGUGGUAAGUUGUUAAUGCAUGUGGAUAAGUGGUUGUUUCUUAUGGAUUUAUUUUGACAAUGCUGAUCCCACCAUGUGCUCUUAGGGUAUGUUGCAAUUGAGCUUUAUUUUACUAAGACCUCUUCCUAAAAUAAUUUAUGAGUUUGAUGUGCACAGCAUUGCUUGAAACUUUAUUUACCUAUUUAUACUAAACAGUCAAUUAAAUAAGUAAUUAAUUAAAUAAAACUGAGCUAAUCUAGAAAAAAAAACACCUGGUUUGAAGGUUUUGCUGUAAAGUUACUGUAACUGAAUGGGGGUCUUUUAUCCUUUUCUCUUCUAUUUGCAGACAUUAAUAUUCCGGUACAUGAUGGCGAUAUCAUCAUAAACAGAGCGGGUCGCAGUGCCAUGAAAGAUGCAGGAUGUUUCUGGCCAAAAUCUUCAAAUGGGACAGUCAUUGUGCCUUACAGCCUUUCCCCUAAAUACAGUGAGUUUUCUUGUUUUUUUCAGUUAUUAUAAUAUUUAAAUAAAUUUAGGGAUGUUUUGAUUAAAUGAAGAAUCUUAUCUCCUUUUUUCGUGUAGCUACUGAUCAGGUGGAUCUGUUUAAGAAUGCCAUGCAAGAGAUCGAAUCUGUAACCUGUGUGCGAUUUGUUAAUCAUACAACCGAGGUGUCCUACCUGAAUAUUGUGGAAACAGGAGGGUAAGUACUGAAACCUUUCUUUAUAUGUAGGGAUACACCGGGAGUGUCUAAUUUGAAAGACCAAAGGUAAUUUACAAAGGUUGUGUGUUUUAAAGCAUUUUCACUUAGGUGACAGACAGACCUUUCCAGCUCAUAUGAAGGGCCUUUUCAUAUUAAUACAUAGGCAAUCAAUAAAUUGUUCUCAAAUUAAAAUUAAAACUACGUUCCACAUCACGGAUAUUACUUUAUUGUUCUCGGUGUGUCCUAUGCUCUGUUGUUUAAUAUAAACUAAUUGAUACACUAUAUAUAUGAACGAACCUCCAGUUAUGCCUAGCAUAAAUCUGCUAAUUUUCAAAAAAUAUUUCAUAAUUAGAUUUCUUUUAAUAAAUAAUGAUUCCUUAUUUUAUACCAUCAGUUGUGCAUCCGUUGUUGGAAGAACAGGCAUCGCCCAGGAUAUAUAUCUGGAUUCCAGCACUUGCAUGUCCAGAGGGACAAUUCAGCAUGAGCUAGAACAUAGUCUGGGAUUUUACCAUGAGCAUUCCCGGAGUGACCGUGAUGACUAUGUUACCAUUAUGACCGAGUAUAUAUCACCAGGUAACCAGUGCAGUGAUAAUCCAUGUCAUAAAUACAUAAUCUCUGUAAGAGUAAAAUUUCGUAACUCACUUAUUAAUUCUAAAAUCAUAAAAAGUCAAAAAACAAAGAGCCAAUAAAGUAUUUCUUUUACACUUGUUUAAUGAAAUUAAGACUAUUUCAUUUAACUGAAGUAGUGUAAUAAAUAAAAAGUGAGGAACUUACCAUUAUUUCAAGAUUUACCCUGCAAUUAAGUUCAGCUUAACUCCAUUGCAUGUUAAUACUGAGGAGAAGUGAGGAACAAAUUAUACAGAUCUUUGUAUCCACACAUCAUCUAGGUACAUUCUUAAACAUCCUAUUAUAAACAUUGAGCAGUUAUUGAUUUAAGUCUGUUUUCUCUUUUAGAAAAUAUUGGUAACUUUAAAAAGGUAGACACGAAUAACCUGAAUAUGGAAUAUGACUACUACUCUGUGAUGCAUUAUCCCAGGUAAGUACCAUACUGUCUCUCUGAAGUACAUUGCUAACUACAAUACCAAAUGUCCUGGAUGUCCAUGUGUAGAAUGUACCAGUGAUUUCUUAUCUGUUCUACAUAGAUUUUCAAUACUGAAUGUAAUUAAACAAAAACUCAAAGCAUCAUAACCACUAUAUUACACUGUAAUGGUUAUAAUGCCAGGAGUCCCCUGGAGCCCCUUCCCUAAUUUAAGUAGUUAAAUAAUUUGUUAACAGUUUGAUAUCUUUCUUGGGAUACACCAGUUGUCUCUCAACUAUUGAUAUUGAGAGCUGGAAGCUCCUGCUAGACACUUCUGUAAGUUUUCCUGUGCUAAGUCCUGCAGUGCUUAGCGGCAGAGAGCAGGCAACACAGGUAAAACAGGUGGAAGCGUAUUACUGGCUCCAUAACAAUUACAGUGUUCUUAGAGUGUUCUUUCAUUACAUUUCACAAAAAGGUCCUGCUUAUUGACAGUUGGUUGUCUUCCUUCUUUGUAGCUAUGCAUUCAGUAACACAUCAGGAAAAGACACAAUCAUCCCUAAGCCUGACCCUUCUAUACCCAUCGGACAAAGAGAUGGACUUAGUACCCUGGAUGUUUCUAAAAUCAAUGCCCUUUACAAUUGUGGUGAGUUAUCAAUUAUGUGAUUCCUUUAUCUGCUAACAUUGGUUAUAGCUAGAACGGAUCACUGUGCUACCUGCACAUAGAAAGUGAGACAAAUAUGGAUGAUGACGACAGACAGAUAUUAAGGUAUUGUUUGCAUGUGUGAGAUAGUUCUUGGAAAUGGGAGAUUCAACAGGAGAGGAACAGAUACAAUAAAAUGAUAUAAAAUACCUAAAUGAACAAAUUUCCAUUAAUUUUCCGUGAUCUCACUCUUUCUAUGCUACUUGCAGAUGUCUGCUCAAUGCUGCUUAGUAAUGUCAACGGGACAGUGACCUCAGCCAACUACCCAAAUAAUUACCCCAAUAACAGCAACUGUGUUUGGCUGAUCAGAGUUCCAUCUGGACAGGUAAUUAACUGUUGCAUUACCAGAUACCUUGCAGUAAAGUUCAAGGGGGGUGACCGCUUAUUCAGCCUUUACGGAUAAAGUCAGGGACUAUGAUUUGCAUUAAAGUACAUUUCAUUCCAUUGUAAUAUGUUGUUGGUUCCCCCUUAAUGGUAUACAGCCACACUGCCUUGUUUGCUUUUAUUUUUGAUUACAUUCUAGGAUCAGUAAACUAAUUUUACCUCACAAUAUUAUAAAAAUUGUAUUAUUCAUUUUUCUUUAUUAUUAUUUGCAGGUUGUUCUGAAAUUAGAUUUUCUUGAUGUUGAGUCCUCUAUUGGCUGCUCUGCAGACUAUAUUAGAAUUUAUGAUGGACCCAGUAAGACGUCUCCUGUGCUAUUAGACAAAACAUGUGGUAUGCCACUGAUCCUUCCAAUGACAUCGUUAUCUAGCCAGGUGCUCAUUGAGUUUGUCUCUAACCAGAAUGGAAGUGGAAGAGGCUUCAAUAUCACCUAUAAGUCAGGUAAUUCUGUCAUUCCUUUGUUUCGUGAUCUUAUUGUAUUUUUGAUUUUAUAGCACAUCUUACAAGACCUUAUCCAUCAGACACAUUACACUAAAGGUGAAAAGCAUUUUCCUUAGCUACAAGUCACAGUGAACUAAGUUUUAUUGCGGUAUAAUUCUAAGUAUAUAACUAAAAUUGUGUUGUAUAUAGGAAAUCUGUUAAUUAUACGUUUCAUUUUCUAUGUUAUAUUUGGUUCUAAAUAUCUUGAAAAAUAUAUAGACUAGAAAAUGUCAUAUUUAACUCUACAUGAAGAUUUUCUUGAGGGCUGAUAAAACAGCACUUUCUCUACAUCCAGCUUAUUGUGAAUGAACUGACAAUAUAAGUAGAACUAAAUUAGAGAAGGUCUCAUUCUGUGUAGAACUGUGACCGUUGCAAAAGGUAAAUCUCAGUGGGAAAUGGAUAGAAAAAGAGCAAAACCAGAGUGAAGUCUUAUAAAAGAUGGGCGCAAUGCCCUUUAAAAAAGUGCAAAAAUAUGCAAAGCUAGCAGUAGGAGGUACUGUGUCUUCUACCACUUCUAUUGCUAUAUCUAAAUAUAUCAUGCAAGUUUUAUCCUAGAUAUUAUUCUUGUUAAAGAGCGAACUUUUUAGGUGAAAUUAUUGCGUGCACACUAUAGAUAAAAAAUAAAUCAUAUGUAAUUCAUUCCCUUUAGCAUUAUUAAUAUGCCAGCUGUCCUUUUGAAUAGUUUUCUUUUGAAAUAAUGCUACAUUUGUAAUAAUUACACCUACUCCUACUAAAAGAAAAUUUAUUUUAAACGUUACUUUUAACUUUGUAUAUUUAAUUUAAAUUGACAUUAGCCAUUUUCUUCUUUUCUAAAAUCAGUAAAAAUAUUUAAAACAUAUAGAAAUGAUACUCUACUUUACUAAAAUCAAUCCUUCCCUUACAGUACAAUGUGGAGGUGAGUUUUAUGCUCCUGCAAAGAACUUCACUUCUCCUGGAUACCCGAAUGGCUACCCUCCAAAUUUGAACUGUACAUGGAUAAUUUCCGCUCCUCCUCAGUACAAGGUAUGAUGUUUUUCAUGGAAGGAAUAAGCAAUUGCUCUAUAGGAAAAUACUGUGGACUCUCCAGAACAAUCUCUGCUGCUGCAACAAAUGUUGUAAACUGAAAUUCAACAUGUGGUCUCACACUCAAACUCUGCCAAUAUGGCUACAAUUCUGUAAUUUACUAUCAUCAUAUAUAACAAAUGUUCUGUAUAGUGAAAUUAUUAAUUUGGCUUUUUGAAAUCUCAUACAUUUGCUCUUGUUUGAUAAAGUUUGAUUGUCAGGAUUCAAAAGGCAGAUGGAAAAGUACAAUUUGAGGAAUUAACUUAAUUAGCUGGCAUUAUAAUGCAUCUAUCGUUGGGUUUUGUGACAUGCAGGGUACUAAAACAUAUUAUUUGUUCUUGAUUCUUAUAGAUCUCUUUAACUAUAAACAAAUUUGAGCUUGAGCCUAUGUUCUAUUCGAUGUGCAGCCGUGACUCUCUGUCAAUAUAUAAUGGACCAGAUGCUGACUCUCCACUGAUCGGAGAAUUUUGUGGUGUUCGAUAUCCCCGUUCUAUUACUUCAAGUGGAAAUUCAAUGUUUCUACAAUUUCUUACUGAUUUCUCCAUCCAAUAUAAAGGAUUCAAAGCUUCAUACAAAUUUGGUGAGUAUUGCAAUGUCCCUCACAUAACUGACUUACACCCAUUUACCAAGUCAUUAAAUUUUAUGUAUUGGCCACAGUGAUUGUACGGCUUUCCUGUCCAUCGCGAUCCACUCAUAUUAGGACAAGCUUCCUAUAUAUUAUAUAUAUUCCUAAUAUAAAAUUGUAUUUAGUUCUUUAAAAGAUUACUUUGUGAUGAUAGUAAUAUGAUCCUUUACACUACAGUGUGAAAUUAACAAAAUGAACAAAAGCUGUAAUCGAUACGACCUAUUUUGUCCCUUACAUAUUUUUGUGUUUUCCAUUGCAGUGCCAAAGUAA